GGAUGGGUCCUCGAGGCCAGUCACACUCCUCCAGACUGCUGGGCUACUAAGCUGGGUGAUGGGGCUGAGUGGAGCAAAUGAGAAGUGAGAUUGAUUGCUCAAUUGGAUGAGGAAAAUUGCAUCUUCAUUGGUCUCUCUGUGGAGAGAUUCCAUUACUAGUGCUCCGUACACUAACCUGUCAGAGCCUGAGAGAUGGCGGGAGGUAGAGAGAGAGAGAGAGAAAGAGAGAGAGGGGGGAGAGAGAGAGAGAGAGAGAUGAAAAGAAUGACGAGAAGAGAACCAUGGGAGGGUAGACUUCUAUUUUUUUGAAUUUUUUAUUUUUACCCCCUUUUUUGUUAUUACGAUCUUGUCUCAUCUCUGCAACUCCCCAAUGGGCUCGGGAGAGGCAAAGGUCGAGCCAUGCGUCCUCCGAAACAUGACCCGCCAAGCCGCGCUUCUUAACACCCGCUCGCUUAACCUGGAAGCCAGCCGCACCAAUGUGUCCGAGGAAACACCGUUCAACUGACGACGAAGUCAGCCUGCAGGCGCCCAGUCCGCCACAAGGAGUCGCUAGAGCGCGAUGAGCCAAGUAAAGGCCCCCCGGCCAAACCCUCCCCUAACUCGGACAACGCUGGGCCAAUUGUGCACCGCCCUAUGGGACUCCCGGUCACGGCCGGUUGUGACACAGCCUGGGAUCAUACCCCAGGCUGUAGUUACGCCACAACACUGCGAUGCAGAGCCUUAGAACACUGCGCCACUCGGGAGGCCGAGGGUAGGCUUCUAGAUACAAAAUGAGCCCCCAGGCAUAAAAAAUGAGUGAACUGUAUCUCCUCCAGAAUUUGAUGUGGUUUUAGAGGACAUGGUGAGAUCAUCAAAACCACAGUGUGUAGACCAAUAAACAAUUACAACGUGUUCUGAGCUGGGUUUGGCCAACUAAGUACAUUUCCUGGGUUAUUAUCAUCUUCUCUCUCCUUAGAGUACACAGGGGCUUGACUGGGCAGGCUUCUCUGAGUGUGUGUGUGUGUGCAUGUGUCUGCCUGCCUGCAUGCAUUAGUAUGGGUGUGUGAUUGUGUGUGUGUGUGUGUGUGUGUGUGUGUGCAGCAGUAGCAUGCUGCAGUGGCAUGAUAUACUGUACACACCCACCCCUGCAUUGUCUCUCCUAGAGCCGAGCACUACCCUGUGCUGUGACACGCUUUUCUCUCAUCUCUCUCCUCUGAUAAUUAUCCGUUAACUCCCAGACAGCCGCAGACCGUAGAGAGAAGGCUGGAUGCACACUGUGAAAUGAAGCACUCAUCAAUUAUCACCUAUAGAUUGAUUACUAUUUCUGCCACUGCCAACAUCAGCAUAGUCAAAUCAAAUCACAUUUUAUUGGUCACAUACACAUAUUUAGCGGAUGUUAUUGCGGGUGUAGUGAAAUGCUUGUAAGACUGCAAUUAAACACACAAAGUGGUAAUGUAGUCUCUCUUGACAUUCAUGACAUUCAUGUACAUGGCUCGUGAGAUGAUCAGUAGUGCUAUAUAGAUCGGACUGACUGGACAAAGCAUCACAACAUAGGAGUGAAUCUGUCUUCUGAAGUGUGAUGACUGUUGGUUAUAUUUAGUCCAUACCAGCUGGGUAUUCAUCUCUCUCUUUAUUUCACCAUUGAAAGGCCCAAAUCCCGUCCUCCUCCUUCUAUACCUCUAUAUAACCACCACCACUACAGCUCUGGAUGGGCUGAUGGCCAGUUUCAGCCUCAGUGCUCCUGUUUGGUCCUGCUUGGUUAUGAGAGCACGUAGAUAGUUGUCUAGCUGUCACACAGGACGUGGAUUAUAUAAAUGUAUAUACUUCUCCUCCCAGUGAUUUUAUCAGGGCAGCGUAGUGUUCAGUGCUCAUCUCUCUCAGGGCUCUCUGGGGGAUGGAGAGCUCUCCAAACUCAUUUUGUGGCAGAAAGGAAAAGAAAUUGGCUGGCAGCCCCUCUGUACUGAGGGUGUGAGGGGUUUAGUCAAAAGAGGAUGAUUGGUGUGAGUUUGUGUGGGAGAGUGUAUGUGUGUGUCUGUGUGGGUGUGUGUGGGUAGGGGGGUCUCUGUGUGUAUGUGUGCAUGUGUUUGCAUGUGCGUGUGCGUGCGUGCAUGAGUUUGUGUGUGUCUGUGUGUCUUUAUGUGUUAAGUGUGCACCUGCCAACUUGACAAAAAAAAAGCCUAACAAAAAGCUUUCCCUCUUGAACAGCAUGCCCCAAGAUACAAUCAGACAUCUCUUAUAGAUUGAAACUGAAUCCAUUCCAUUUGCCUCAUGCAUCUUUCUUCAGUCUGGAUAGAACUGGGAGAAGGCCAUGUUGCCACUGUUGUUAUUGUUGUUGUGUAGAAGGCUUAAUGAAGAAAUGAGGUGAGCUAUGAGAGGAAUGCAGGGGACUGUCGCGCCCCUUCUCCUUCAGCUGAGCGUCUGUCUCCGUUAGCGACCAGCUAACUGACGGCUUAAUGUGCGUCAGGUGCUCCAGAUUCUCUUAACGAGCGAGAGCAGGGGAGAAAGAGGCACAUGCUCCUUAAUUGAAUUCAGUUGAAAGGAGUGGAGAAUGGAAGAGAAUGGAGCAGAGGAGAGAAGAGGAGAGAAGAGAAGAGAAGAUAUUGGGAUAUAUACUGUAUUAGUCUCCUUCUGCCUUUCGUCCUCAGUAACUCUUAAUAGACAGUAAAGGCAGACAGGCAUUCGAUGGAUAGCUCUGUUAAACACACAUCACAAAGCAGGCGAGGUGCCAGGUGGGGGAGGGAGACAGGGAGGGAGGAGGGCUGUUAACUGGGUCAAACUGGCCUCCCAGUUCUGAUUUGACUUUGAAGCCUGAUUUGACUUAUUUUACUAUCUCUCAUCCCAGUCAAGAGAGAUGGGGCGAUAGAGAGAGAGAGAAACAGAUUGAGAGAGAGAACCUCUCCACACUACCCAGUGCCCGCCACUCUGAAAUGAAAUAUCUAAUUGCCUACAUUCUGCUCUGAGCUGAGUGGCCUAGUAAUGCCAGCAUUCCACUGCUGGCUUGCCUCUGAAGCUAAGCAGGGUUGGUCAUGGUUGGUCCCUGGAUGGGAGACCAGCUGCUGCUGGAAGUGGUGUUGGAGGGCCAGUAGGAGAAACUCUUAAACAUAUACAGUACCAGUCAAAAGUUUGGACACACCUACUCAUUCCAGGGUUUUUCUUUAUUUUUACUAUUUUCUACAUGGAAUCAUGUAGUAACCCAAAAAAAAUGAAAAUAUAUUUUAUAUUUGAGAUUCUUCAAAGUAGCCACCCUUUGCCUUGAUGACAGCUUUGCACACUCUUGGCAUUCUCUCAACCAGCUUCAUGAGGAAUGCUUUUCCAACAGUCUUGAAGGAGUUCCCACAUAUGCUGAGCACUUGUUGGCUGCUUUAUCUUCACUCUGCGGUCCAACUCAUCCCAAACCAUCUCAGUUGGGUUGAGGUCGGGGGAUUGUGGAGGCCAGGUCAUCUGAUGCAGCACUCCAUCACUCUCCUUGGUCAAAUAGCCCUUACACUGCCUGUGUUUAUGUGUCAUAAAUGUGUAAUGUCAGGCCUGACAUAUUUUUUGUUUUCUCACUCCCCAUCAUAACAAUGGUAUCAGAUGUAUGUUUCCCUGUAGUUCCAUCAGAGCAGGGAUGGGCAACUCAAGUCCUCGGGGGCCGGAGUGGUGGCACACUUUUUUCACAUCCCUAGCAAACACAGCUAAUUCAACUAAUUGCGUUCUAAACUGAAGAGGAUGAUUAGUUGAUUAUUGGAGUCAGGUGUGAUAGCUGGGGCUGGGGCAAAAGUGUGACACCAAUCAGGCCCCUGAGAACUGGUGUUGCCCAUCCUUACAGCAGGGGGACACAAGCUGUGUUCUAAUACUCAUACUAACAGCACUAACCAUAAUAUUUGUGACGGAAAUUGAGUAUGUAGUAUGCUUAUUGGUCAUAGUAUGGAUAGUGUUAGUAUUCCAAAAGUUCCUGGAUAUCGUACUACAUUCGCCAAAAUACGAAGUAUACAAGCAGUGGACACUAUUUCCGUGCUUUUAGGGCCCAUAAUGCAAUUCUUCCGAAAAUGUGCUUGGCUUCACAACGUUUUCAGAUUUGAAGAAAAUGGCGGAAAAUAUGCAGCCGAAGUCUGACGACAGCGGAUACAAAUUCAUUGGUUUAACUAAUUAUGACAAAUGUUAAGAAAAUGUUGAGGAAUGUAAUAAAGGAAUGACUUUUCAAAUAAGUUACGCUACACGUUAUGUUGGCCGACAAUUUGUUGGCUACACUAUCCUUACGAACCGCAUAGCAUAUCAUUACAGCAGUAGGUACCGGUAUGUUAGUUAGCUACCUAAAGUUAGUUAGCAACUAAUACAUUGAACUUGCCAGUAUAUUAACUAAAUGCUAUCUAACUAACUACCCAACGUUUAUUGACUUGAUUAUUCACGUCAUGCUUAGCUAAGUGGAAUAGUCGUUGUGCGUUCUCAAUGGACAUACAUUCGCGCUGGCUAUCUACUCCGAUUUCAGAGCACUCUCGUCUGAGUGUGCCAGAGAGCGCAGAAUAACUGAUAACUCAACACAAAAAAGCGUAAUUAAAUUGUUGCCAGCAGCACAGUUACAGUUACCAACCCUCUGGAUAACAUGAAAACAGCCUAACCAGCUCUGCUAGGGCGAGUAAAAUGGUCAGAAUGAGGUGUUCUCUCAUUUGUGUCUGGAAGUAGCUAGCCAGUUAGCUUGUGUGCUUGACUGUGGUUGUGAUGGUCAGAACUCUCGGAUCAACCCCUACUCCUCAGAGCGUCCAGUAUACACUCUGAACACUCAGAGAGGGAAACACUGUGAAUAUACAAACGGACAAUCUGCCAACACUCUGAAUUUACGAAUGCCCAGAGCGCACUCUUGCACUCCAGAUUGAAUUUACGAACACACCCAAAGUCGUAAAAUGUCUAGCUAGUCAUUUGUUUUGCUAACAAGCUAGCAAGAGGUUGCAUAGUAACAGCGUCAACUUCCGGUAGACAGGCGUAGCGCUAGUAUGCUCAACUGAAAGGAUACCGUUCGUUUACAGUAUACUAAUAGUAUAUAGUAUGAAGUAUAUACUCAUUAAGUAUGUAGUAUACAGUAUGUUAGUAUGGGUAUUCGAACACAGCUACAGUCUGUAUUGUCUCGGUGGCGGCCAUUUUGGUUAGAAUAAUGAGAAACAUGUUUUGGUGGGUAAAUAUAAUUGGCCCACACCUGUGUGUAAUUAACCAUGUUUUUACUGCAGGUGGGCCCGGUGUGUCUUUGGAGGAGCACAUGCAGAUGGCUUUGUUUUCUUUUGUUACUUAUUUAUGAUUUGUCAUUUCAAUCAUUCCAUCUCUCUCUCUCACUUUCUCUGUCUCUUUCUCUCUCUCUUUCUCCCUGUGUGUGUCUCUCUUUGUCUCUGUCUAUGUCUCUCUCUCUUCACCCUCUCUGUGUGGGAGUGUACAGUGUAAGCCUCACCUGCGUUAGAGGCGAGCGUAGAGCAAUUACACAAGGUCAUAACAGAAAUGUGCCAUGAGAGACACAAUUGCAUUAAGGUUAUGUUUAAUCAAUUUCCCAUUUCAAUGUUGAUGUCCUGUCAGAAAGGGGAGAUUGCCUCGAUUACACAAGUCAUGUCUCCAGGAAAGUGUUUGAUGAAAAGAGAUUUCAGAGAGAUUCGUGUGAUGUUUAAUUUCAGUAGACAAACAGUCAAAUCCCUUACAUUUGGGGCGUUACUGGUAGUUAAAUGGCAGUCAGGGCAGGACAAGUCAAUCCUAGGGGUUGGUCCCAAAUGGCACCCUAAUCCCUAUAUAGGGCACUAUUUUAGACCAGGGCCCAUAGAGAAUAGGGUGCCAUUUGGGACCUCACCUAGAAGUGACGUUGGCUUCAGCACAUUAAAGGUAGAGAUGAAAGGGUGGACGUCGGGAGCUCAGCUGGGUUGGAUCCUAGUCUUUGUGUGGCUGUUUGUGACACUCAUCUAAAGGGUGGUCGGAUGGAGGGAUAACGGUGCAUGGAUUCUAAUGGGCCAAUUUGCAAAGUGUUAUUGUGACCGUGACUUGGUCAAUGUGAGACAACCAAAGACACAACGUCCACCGUUCAACGUCCUUGUAUCACGACCUAGAAAUGACCUCCUCUCCUCUGCACUCUGGAGUCGACUCUUUAUCUAAACUGAUAUAGCCAGUCAACAUGCUGUGUCCCCUCAGGCUCAGAAAGAACUCCCCCCAUCUGGCCACCCAAUCCCGAUAUGCCCCAAAGCACCAUUAUAACAGUGUUUCACAGCGCUAAUUACAAGAAGUCCAAUCACCUUGUCAUAAACACUGCUCCUCUCUCUCCUAGUCACAGAGACAUAUGAUGGAAGGUGUCACUGCUGCUCUACGUGGGUGGUGUGGGAGACGGCUACAGAGGGGCGAGGGGGCUCUGUUGUCAAAGAUGGGGGACUAUUUUUAGGGUUGUAACAGGGUCUGUGUUUGUUUGGGAUGGUGUGUGUGCGUGUGUGUGUGUGCUGUGAUUCCGUGGUAAGAGUGAGAGAGCAAGAGAGGGGGAGGAGAGGGAAAGAGAAGGAGGAGGCGGGAGAGUUGCCUGCAGCAGGGAUCAGGCAUUCAGGAGCUGGCCAUUCUGCUCACUCCUUGUGAAGACAAUGGACAUGUACACAGGGCCGCCCCUAGCCUUUUGGGGGCCCUAGGCAAAACAUUUUAGUGGCCCCCCUCUGGACGGCGGAGAGAAACAUUUAAAGUUUUAAAGUUCCUUUCCUGCAAUUCUACACAUUUUCCAUGGGGCGUAGAGAAAAUGUUGCAGUUUUAAAGCACGUUUAAUGACAUUUUACACGUUUUGCCAUGGGGCGGACAUACAUUUUUGCAAUUUUAUAGCUAAUUUCAUGCAAUUUUAUUCAUUUUGCCAUGGGGCGGAGAGAAUUUGUUUCACGUUUUAAAGCUAAUUUCCUGAAAUUCUACACAUUUUGCCAUGACUUACAGUACCAGUCAAAAGUUUGGACACACCUACUCAUUCAAGGGUUUUUCUUUAUUUGUACUAUUUUCUACAUUGUAGAAUAAUAGUGAUGACAUCAAAAGUAUGAAAUAACACAUAUGGAAUCAUGUAGUAAACAAAAAAGUGUUAAACAAAUCAAAAUAUAUUUUAGAUUUGAGAUUCUUCAAAGUAGCCACCCUUUGCCUUGAUGACAGCUUUGCACACGCUUGGCAUUCUCUCAACCAGCUUCACCUGGAAUGCUUUUCCAACAGUCUUGAAGGAGUUCCAACAUAUGCUGAGCUCUUGUUGGCUGCUUUUCCUUCACUCUGCUGUCCAACUCAUCCCAAACUAUCUCAAUUGGGUUGAGGUCGGGGGAUUGUGGAGGCCAGGUCAUCUGAUGCAGCACUCCAUCACUCUCCUUCUUGGUUAAAUAGCCCUUACAGAGCCUGGAGGUGUGUUGGGUCAUUGUCCGUGAUACCUCCUGUUGAUCAGUGGAGAGCAGCAAACGCCGGGUGUGGGUUCGAUUCCCACGGGGGCCGUAUGAAAAUGAUGCACCACUAAGUAAUCGCUCUGAUAAGAGCGUUGCUAAAUACUAAAAGGUAAAGAUAUAGUCCCACUAAGCGCAAACCGCUGGGAUGCGAUAUAUCUGCAGGAAUGGCUGUGGUAGCUAUGGCUGGUUAAGUGUGCCUUGAAUUCUAAAUAAAUCACAGACAGUGUCACCAGCAAAGCACCCCCACACCAUCACACCUCCUCCUCCACAGUGGGAACCAGAUCAUCCGUUCACCUACUCUGAGUCUCACAAAGACACGGCGGUCAUCAGACCAAAGGACACAUUUCCACCGGUCUAAUGUCCAAUGCUCGUGUUUCUUGGCCCAAGCAAGUCUCUUCUUCUUAUUGGUGUCCUUUAGUAGUGGUUUCUUUGCAGCAAUUCGAUAUGAAGGCCUGAUUCACGCAAUCUCCUCUGAACAGUUGAUGUUGAGAUGUGUCUGUUACUUGAACUCUGUGAAGCAUUUAUUUGGGCUGCAAUUUCUGAGGCUGGUAACUCUAAUGAACUUUUCCUCUGCAGCAGAGGUAACUCUGGGUCUUCCUGUCCUGUGGCGGUCCUCAUGAGAGACAAUUUCAUCAUAGCGCUUGAUGAUCUUUGCGACUGCACUUGAAGAAAAUGUUCAGGAUUGACUGACCUUCAUGUCUUAAAGUAAUGAUGGACUGUUGUUUCUCUUUGCUUAUUUGAGCUGUUCUUGCCAUAAUAUGGACUUGGUAUUUUACCAAAUAGGGCUAUCUUCUGUAUACCACCCCUACCUUGUCACAACACAACUGAUUGGCUGAAACGCAUUAAGAAGGAAAGAAAUUCCACAAAUUAACUUUUAACAAGGCACACCUGUUAAUUGAAAUGCAUUCCAGGUAACUACCUCAUGAAGCUGGUAGAGAGAAUGCCAAGAGUGUGCAAAGCUGUCAUCAAGGCAAAGGGUGGCUACUUUGAAAAAUCUCAAAUAUAAAAUAUAUCUUGAUUUGUUUAACACUUUUUUGGUUACUACCUGAUUCCAUAUGUGUUAUUUCAUAGUUUUGAUGUCUUCACUAUUAUUCUACAAUGUAGAAAAUAGUAAUAAAUAAAGGAAAACCCUUGAAUGAGUAGGUGUGUCCAAACGUUUGACUGGUACUGUAUGUCAUGUUAAUAUGGUACUGUGAGAGUGACUAACAAAAUCAAUGGGGGCCCCCUGGGCACGUGCUCUUCGUGCCCGGUCGGGAAUUCGGCCAUGAUUACAAAAAGUUUAGAUAGACUCAUCUACAUUAUUUUUGCUGACAUGGGCUAAUUGAGUGACUGGCAUUGACUGGCAUAACAAGUGGAAAACUGCUGAUGCACAACCAAAUUUAGAAAUUACGCCUUUUUGUAUUCUACUAUUCUAACGCUCAACAGUUGAGACCCCGACUGAGUCCCCCCCCAAAAAAAUGCCUAUGUCGCUUAUGCACAAGGCCGGCCCUGCAUGUACAGUAAAGCCAAGAUAUGCUGAAUAGAAUGGGGUGAGGGAUGGGUGGAUGGAGAGAUGAAGUGAAGGACAGGUGACCAGGUCCUGCCUCAAUGAUUUUAUAUUGUCUGGAUAUACAGAACAGACUUUCAAUAUGCGUAUUUGUAUAUCUGUCAGGCCUAUGUGUAUAGUGUACUGGUAAAUACAACAUUGGAAAAUAUAGUUUGUGCAAUAACGUAUGUGCAUGUAAACCCCUCUGAGUAAUCCAUAUGCAAAUAAUCACAUUUCCAGUAGGGAUUGGCACGGUUAAUCAAAUAUCCAGAUAUCCGAAAGGACGUUAGUAUUCUGUUACUUGAGUGUGUUUAGAAAAAAAAAAACAUACAAUGAAAAAGCUUUGUCUAAAUUAACAUACAUUUUUAUACCAUGACAAGGAUAUACCAUGACAUUUGAAAUUUAAUGUAAUAAAACAAACAUUUGAAUGUAGUUUUUAUAACAGUGCAUUGAGCGUCUGCUGCGCAUCGAGCCCUACAGGCUGGCCUGACAUCGGUUUGUUAUUAUCCCCACUUCAAAUAGCAAUUACAGGUGCUCACCUAGCGGAGUUCCCACAAGACCUGACACAGAUCAAUGCAAAAUACUCCAGCAAAAUACUACCAGAAAACCUUUUUGUAACAGAAUCAGUUCUAUCAUGGUGAAAAUCAGACUUCUCUUUCGCUGUUGCUGUUAGCCAAACUACCUGAGAAACCUCUGCCAUGUGCAUUUGGGUCAUUGUAUGGUCGAGAGACUCAAGAGCACAUUUGUUCUUUUUUUGAAUUUCAACUAUCCGGAUAUCCAUUUUUUUAAUGAUAUUAUUUUAAUAGUAAAAUCAUUUCUAAUGCCAUCCUCUAAUUUCCAGUUCGAUGUAUAGAUGCAUCAGGGCGUAAAAGAGAGGGCAGGAGGGGGUGUUCUUGCGUUUAUCAUUAUUUCCGUUGGUUUUUGAAGAGUGGAGCUAUCUCAUGUCAAUAGGGAUUUCAAGGGUCUGCAUUUCCUGUCCUCCAUGUUUUUUCCCUCCUAUCCUCCACUUUCACCAAUUUGUUUUGUUGGCUUCCACUGUCAGAAACUGAACGAGGAAGUGCAUAAGCGGUUGUCAUGGGAACCCAUUAAGGUCUGCGGUGGAGGUGAUGGGAUAAUGGACGACACAUUCAUCCCCCCAAUCUCUGAAUCGAACGUUCGCUGUAGUGUGGGAAAUUACAUACUCAUUCUUAUACAUCUCCCUCCUCUAUUUCUCUCUUCCUUCCCCCUUCCCUCUCUCUCACUCUCUCUCGCUCUUACUCUCUUUUCCUAUGCAGAUUGGCUUUUAUCUCCCCCACUUCUCCCUCUCUCAUUUGUCACCCUGCAUAUAUCCCUGUGCCUUUGCUAGAUCUCUCUCUCUACACCUGCAGAGCUCCUUUCUUAGAGGUUCUUCACACUUACUAGACUUUACGCAAAAAUACCCUUGCCUACACAUAUACUGCAAUGUAAACUUGCAAACUUGUCACUACUUGACCGCACGACACACGCCCGACAAUUGCCCACCUCUAAGCAAGGCAGUGUAAACAGAAUUGUCUCGUUGAGCCAACACUCUUUACAGUAAAAAUUGUAAUAGCAUAGCAAUGUUUUUGAAACAGCUGAAAUGUACAGACAUUUUCCUUAUUUUUUAGACUUGUUUUAUUGAGUUUUUACCUGAAAUUGUAGUAGCAGCCUGUUACAUUCUGAAAUUGUCACCAUUACAUUAAAUCUCAAUGGUGUAUUUUUAUUUUUGCUUGACUGCACUGAGCCGCCACCGAGGUCCAGGGUCGUCACUAGUUACCACAGCCACUGUCAUAAAUCCCGCCCAUUUCUAAAAUGUAUGUUCUUAAAAUUUGAUUUUACACUGCUAACCUUGAUCAUCUCCUUUAACUGGUGGCGGAGAGCAGGUUUAUGCUGAAAGACAAAUUCCAGUAAAAUAGGUUAAAACAUGAAUUAAUUAAUCUCCCUUAGCAUGCUAUUGCUGGUUGACUGCUACAGCUGUACUUAAAUGCCCUGUAUACACUCAACCUGCUUCCAGCAAUGGCAAUGCAGACACUUCAAGAUAACUAGCUAGAUUUAGCUUUAUAAUUACCAACUGGCUAGAUGUAAAUGGUAUUCAUCUAGUUAGCCAGCUAGUUGAAAAUGCAAAAAAACGACCACAAAACCUAUAAUCCAAUAGCUAACUAUUUAGCUAUCAUUUCAUUGUGGCUAGCUAGCUUGCCAAUUUAACAUGUGUCCCUAUCACUUAACAUGGGGUUUGAUUAGCUUGCUAAUCAAUUAGCAUUCGCACCAUAGUGGCUAUUUUUGGUAGCUAGCUAGUUAAACAUGACAAACUGACGAACAUGGAAAAAGAUUAUCGUCAUCCAUGGCUUAGUACAUCAGCAAUCAACAUUAACUGCAGAAUGCAACUGGCCAGCUCUGCUAGCUAGCUGGCUAUAACGUUACUUGUAUGCAACUGUAUAGCUAGUUAGCUAUAUAGCUAACAAUAGCUAGCAAUGAAAACAACUUUUUGAGACAGUUGAGACAAUAAUGUAUGUACAGUACAUGUAGCUAUCUUGGCAUUUUAACUGUAGACUCUUACCUGUGUAUGGAUUAUGAUGAUCCACGGCAGACUGAAACACUUAAAAUAAUCCUUCCCACUCGGCUUCAACCAGUCCAGACUGCUUUUUCGAAAGAAGACAGAGCUGUGUCGAUACCAGCAGCUGUAUUCAGGACAACACUGUUAUUAAAAACUGUAGCUACACUUUGCAUGUUGUCCAUCAUGAAAAUAUGAGUAAAUCCAAUGGAUCUUGCCCAGAUUUCUGAAACGGGUCACAUUUUGUGUAGCUAGCUAAUGUUAUCUAGCUGUGUAGCCUAUAUUAUAAUAUAUAGCUAGCAGGAGUUAGCUGUGUGCGUUCUGCUAAUAUAUUGUGUAUGGACAAGAAAAUAAAGCCUUUAAUUGUCUGCACAUGCUUGUGGAUUGUUGCAUUGUUCAGGAGUGUAAUAUGGUUUGGUUGCAUUAUUAAAUAUUGUAAUAUGUUUUAGAAGAAAAGUUGCUCGGAUUGUUAAAUAGUUUGGCUAGUGGCUACUGUGAUAUUCACUUUCAUUUGAGCUGCGAACUAAGAAUGUUGCGUUGUGAAUUGAAAUGUAGGAAUGUCUUUCGCCACUCCACUUCUCAGACUCUCCUUAAUCUCUAGUAGUGGGAAUAGGGUCUUGUGACUUAAUGACUAUUGCCCUGUAGUACUCACGUCUGUCAUCAUUAAGUGUUUUGAGAGGCAAGUAAAGGACCAUAUCAUCUCCACCUUACCUGACACCCUAGACCCCUCCAACUCAAAUCUUUGACCAGUUCCAUUUUUUUAUUGUUUCCCUCUAAUCAGGGACUGAUUUAGACCUGGGACACCAGGUGUGUGCAAUUAAUUAUCAGGUAGAACAGAAAACCAGCAGGCUUUGGACCUCGUAGGGUAAGAGUUGAAUACCCCUGCCCUAGACCCUACUACAAUUCGCAUAUUGCCCCAACAGAUCCACGGACGACGCAAUCGCCAUUGCACUACACACUUCCCUAUCCCAGCUGGACAAGAUAAAUACCUAUGUAAGAAUGCUCUUCAUCGACUACAGCUCAGCCUUCAACACCAUAGUGCCCUCCAAACUCAUCACUAAGCUCAGGGCCCUGGGUCUGAACCCCUGCCUGUGCAAUUGGGUCCUGGACUUCCUGACGGGCCGACCCCAAGUGGUGAAGAUAGACAACAACAUCCUCCGCCACGCUGAACCUCAACAAGGGCGUCCCACAGGGGUGCGCGCUCAGCCCCCUCUUCUACUCCCUGUUCACCCAUGACUGCGUGGCCAUGCACGUCUCCAACUCAAUCAUCAAGUUUGCUGAUGACACAACAGUGCAAGACCUGAUCACCAACAUAGACGAGACAGCCUACAGGGAGGAGGUGAGUGCCCUGGCAGAGUGGUGCCAGGAAAAUAACCUCUCCCUCAACGUCAACAAAACGAAGGAGCUGAUAGUGGACUACAGGAGACAGCAAUGAGAGCACACCCCCAUCCACAUUGACGGGGGACCGCAGUGGAGAGGGUCAAAAGCUUUUGCACUGUCCGCAACCGCAGGGCUCCCCAGAGGGUGGUGCAGUCAGCCCAACGCAUCACCGGAGGCACACUGCCUGCCCUCCAGGACAUCUACAGCACCCGGUGUCACAGGAAGGCCAAGAAGAUCAUCAAGGACCUCAGCCAGCCACGGCUAUCUCCAGGCCAUCAGACUGUUAAACAGUCACCACGCCCAGUACCCUGCCCUAAACCUUAGUCACUGUUACUAGCCGGCUACCACCAAUUCUUUACCCUGCACGUUAGAGACUGCUGCCCUAUGUACAUAGAGUCAUUGAACACUGGUCACUUUAAUAAUGUUUACAUACUGUUUUACCCACUUUAUAUGUAUAUACUGUAUUCUAGUCAUGGCUCAUCCCAUACUGCUGUACACACAAUUUCUAUUCCUAUACUGUCCGUACUGUCUAUACACACCAUUAUAUGUAUAUACAGUAUAUUUAUAUUCUGGACUCUGGAUUCUGGAUUCUGGAGAUUUGGGCUUUGGGGUUUUGGUGCUGGUCCAUUGUGAGUGCCGUAAAGGGACAAUAGGAGCCUGAGGAGAGGAGAGGAGAGGAGAGGAGAGGAGAGGAGAGGAGAGGAGAGGAGAGGAGAGGAGAGGAGAGGAGAGGAGAGGAGAGGAGAGGAGAGGAGAGGAGGGAUUGAGACAGAGAGGUGGCUGGUGGCUGGUGUUUAGGCUGUCUGUCCCCCUGGAUUGUGCUAUGCUGACAGGCUUUAGAGGACGUCUACAGACCCCUCCUCCCUCCCUCCCACCCCCCUCUGUCUCUCCUCAACUCAUUGUUGCACAGACUCCAUGCCUCCCAUUCCCUAAACUCUAAUACUACACACAGAUUGACACACCAACAGACAGAAACACACACACAUAUUUCACACAUGACUCUAUGUUUGCUCUGCUUGAAGUUGACGAAUCAUAUUAAUAACAAGCUUUCAGAAACAUUUUAACCAGUGCAUACACAGGGUCGGACCAACCAAUCAACCACAGCCUUCUUUCCCACAGCCUUCCUACAAUGUCUAAAAGUGAGCAGCAGUGAGUUUGGUAACAAAGAGACAUAUCUCCCCCCACUGGAUCUCAAACUUGGGUUGAUCUGAACACCAUUGAUUGUUCUGUGGAUUAGAGCAAAAGCAAAGUGGGGAGUGUAUUGUCUGGUGUUGUUGUCAUCUCCACUCACAUUACCUGCAGCUCUGCUACAGCAGUCAUGCAAAUAUACUAUUCUACUUCACUUCCCACUUUGGAGUGCAGAUAGAAACAGAUCUAAUUGAAUUUAGAAAGCGCCUCCUCUGCUACUGCAAUAACACCAUUUGAUGUUACGACUAGAAUAGCAUCGAUUGGUUUUUAAUAAUCCUACUGAUUGGAUAUUCAUAUUUCAAAUUUUAUUACACUUUUAUUACUCUCUUUGUUUCAUGCUUCCGCUGUAUUGAAUGGUGUAGUAAUAUGAUAAAGCCAUAUUGUGUGAUGGCCAUUCCAUUGACUCCGUUCCAGACAUUAUUAUGAGCCGUCCUCCCCUCAGCAGCCUCCACUGUUGUACACUAUUACUCUCCAUUAUAAACUAGUCAGCAUAUCGCUAGCCCACACUCUCACCCUCUCUCUCUUACUCUCUCCCACUCCUCCUUCCUUACCUGUCUCCCACACCUCCACUCCUCUCUCUUCCUCUGUUUUUCUCACUCCUUUCUCACUCCCCUGCAAUGAUUUAGAUAUGGCACACAAAGGAACAAAGGAAGGGCAGAAAGAGAGAGAGAGAGAAAGAAAAUUGGAAUGCUGUGCUGUUGAGUCUAGUCAAUUAGCUGAGUUGAUGUUAAAGUCACUGUGCUGUCUGGCACUAUAGUGGAGUAGAGCAGAACAGAGCCACAGUCACACUGUGAGAGAGAUACUUGGUCCACUAUGGGCAAUUAUCUAUCUCCCCUCACACAUACACACACACCCUGGUUAUGCAAUAGUUGGGAUGUUUGUCUUUGUUACCGAAGUGCCACUAAAGCCAUGGUGAUGGGAGGGACUGAGCGUGCUCACUAGAGCAUCCUCCUUUGAUGCUAAGGGCCCCUCGCCUCCACAGACUUGUGUUUGUGUGCGUGCUUACAUGUGCGCACACACUGUUGCAGGAAAUGUAAAAUGUGUAGUGUAUUUGAGGUUUAAAAGGGCUUCUGAAGUUUGUAAUUUCUACUUUGAAAUGUCAGACUUGAUUCUCCCUUACUAAAAAGUUGUAUAUUCUUAAUUUUUUUUAAAUAUUUAUUAUAAUCCACAUAUUAAUUCACAUUUCCUGUUGCUGCAGGAUUAUUUUCUUGCUGUACCAAACUGGCUGAAAUUAGGAUCCUACAUCUGUAUGUGUGUGUGGAUCAAACUCCUGCCCCCCCACCCUCACACACACACACACACACACACACACACACACACACACACACACACACACACACACACACACAUAACAAAGCCAUCAGAUGUCCAUAAAAUCCAGUAAACCCACAUUAGUGUUGUGAUGAUGUCUGUUCCUAUCCUAACAUUCAUUGUUGAGCCCAUUACACAAGUUAAUCUUUCCAAGCCCUGGAACGUGAGGUUGUGUAACGUCUCUGUUCUUUUCUUUGCACCAGGCAUUAUUUCCUAAGUCCAGUCAGGCCCAGGCAGGCUGACUGUUGCCUGAUUUACACUAUUGGGCCAAGCCAGGCAUAGCUGUACUGGGCUUAAGUGUGCAGGCAUGAUGGCCAGACCCUUACAAAAGAAACACAUGGUUUUUCAACACACUCUUGUAAACAAAUCACAUAUGAAUUAUCUUUUUCCCCACAUGUGCAUUUUUCACCACUUUCUGCUACAUCUGGUCUCCCAUGCAGGGACCAACCAGGGCUUACCCUGCUUAGCUUCAGAGGCAAACCAACAGUGGGAUGCAGGGUGCUAUAUUGCUGGAAUGAAUGUGCGAAAACUUCCUACUGGAAAAAAAGGCAGCAAAAGCAAAGGCCACGGUAAUAACCAAAGAUAGGGAAAAUUGCAGGAAAGAGGGAGGUGUUUCUAUUUAAUCCCGUUAUCACACAUUUCUUUCACUGAAAACUAUACUUUUUUAUCCAUUUACAUUCAUUUGUUCUUGCAUUUUGGAAUUAUUUUCUUGCAAUAUUUUGUUUUGCCAUCAAUACUUUUGGGUUUAUGUUUUGCUUUCAAUAUCAAUAUUUUUGUUUGGAAUACUAAGAAUUGUGUUAUCGACUUCAGAGGUUUUGCUUAAUAUUAAUGGCAUAGAAGUAACUCACUCACUAGAGGAUUGCACCAUAUAAUAACUAGUGACGGGUGAAAUCUAUACAUAUCGCAACAUUAUUUUUGAAGAUAUUAUAUCGAUACUGUGACCCCAAGUAUCGAUUUGUAAAACAAAUAUAUAUACAGUACCAGUCAAAAGUUUGGACACACCUACUCAUUCCAGGGUUUUUCUUUAUUUUUACAAUUUUCUACAUUGUAGAAUAAUAGUAAAGACAUCAAAACUAUGAAAUAACACAUAUGGAAUCAUGUAGUAACCAAAAAAGUGCUAAACAAAUCAAAAUAUUUUUUAUAUUUGAGAUUCUUCAAAGUAGCCACUCUUUGCCUUGAUGACAGCUUUGCACACUCUUGGCAUUCUCUCAACAGUCUUGAAGGAGUUCCCACAUAAUCUAACAUCUAAAAUAUAUUUAGAAUGGUUUAACACUUUUUUGGUUACUACAUGAUUCCAUAUGUGUUAUUUCAUAGUUUUGAUGAAUGAGUAGGUGUGUCCAAACUUUUCACAAAAUCAUUCCCCUGUCUUGGGCUUUUUAGAUGUGGUCACACUAAUUCUACCGUUGGAAACAUUGCUAAUGCAACAUGUUUACACCAUCUUUUCACACCAUAACAUUAUUUUAAACCCCACAUGUGAACUUGCAAUUCCACAUGUGAAAGUGAGAUUUUUUUAAACGUGAAACUGAAAAUUAGAUUUUCACUUUCACAUGUGGAAUUGCAAGUUCACAUGUCUAAAACAAUCAUGUGAAAAUAUGAAAGUGACAUUUUCGUAUGUGGAAUGUUCUUAUGUUAAUCUGCGAAUUAGAUUUUCACAUGUGAUUGAAUUUCACAUGAGCUUGCAAUUCCACAUGUGAAAAUCUCACUUUCACAUGUGGAAUUGCAAGCUCAUGUGAAAUUCAAUCACAUGUGAAACUACAUAUCCGAUUUUCACAUGAAAGUUUUUAACAUGUGAAACCGAAAAUGUCACAUGUGAAACUGCAGUUCACAUGUGAGGUGAAAACAUGUUAUUCUAACUUUAAGCAUCAGUUGUCAGAGCACCUUACCGAUCACUGCACCUGUACACAGCCCAUCUGAAAUUAGCCCACCCAACUACCUCAUCCCUAUAUUGUUAUUUAUUUUGCUCUUUUGCACCCCAGUAUCUCUAUUUGCACAUAAUCUCUUGCACAUCUAGCAUUCCAGUGUUAAUACUAUUGUAAUUAUUUUGCACUAUAGCCUAUUUAUUGCCUUACCUCCGUAACUUGCUACAUUUGCACACACUGUAUAUAUAUUUUCUGUUGUAUUUUUUGACUUUAUGUUUUGUUUUACCCCAUAUGUAACUCUGUGUUGUUGUUUUUAAUCGCACUGCUUUGCUUUAUCUUGGCCAGGUCGCAGUUGUAAAUGAGAACUUGUUCUCAACUGGCUUACCUGGUUAAAUAAAGGUGAAAUAAAAUAAAUAAAAUAAAAUGUGAAAAGGUGGUGUUAACAUGUGAACUCUAAAUGUAAUACAUGUGAAAAUAUGGUUUUGCGUGUGAAUUUUAAGAUCAACAUGUGAAAAAAGCUAUUUUACUAGUGAAAAUGCGAUUUCACAUGUCUAAGGGGACUUACACGUCUCUACCUCCCUCUCCCAGGAGAGAGACAUCCAGCCAGGGAUCAUCCUACCUAUUUACCCCCUCCAGGCUUCAGGUUACCCAGCCCACACAACUAGAGUUACAGCCUGUUGACAUACAGCCACAGAACCAUGCUAUCAGAUAGCACAGACACAUGCCUUUGAAUGCUCUGGUUCUUUUGCUGGGGAUAGGGUGUGUGUGCGUACGUACCUCUGUAUGUGUGUGUGUGCACGUGCGUGUGUGUCUUUAACUGUGCAUUGAGCAGGUGUGUUUAGGCAUGAGACAGGCAGACCUGGAGUGGCACCAUUUUACAUACACUGUAACGGAAAACUGUAAUUUUAGGUAUUAUCAACAGUAAAAAAACUCUGAAACUUUUUACUGCAUAUUGUAAAUGAUGGUGCAUUGUGGGAAAAUUGCUGUAUUUUGAAUGGCUCUGUCAUUCCACUCCACCGAAUACAGUACCGUACCGUAUCUUUAGAGCGCUAAAAACCUUUUGACCACUAGUGGGUGGAUGGUAUUGUUGUUGCUGGCUUAUUAUUAUAUUUUGAGGCAUGCCUUGUAAGAGGAUAAUACUGAGAAUUAUGUACCAAUUUAACUUCUAUGUGGUUAUAGAGACCCAUUAAUUUAAACUGUAUAGGGGAUAGAUUGGAGUGGCAGGAAGUCUUAAACCUUAAAUGGUUUAGCAUUUUGCCAUGUCUUUUUGGUCUGUUUUUCCCUGUAGUCGCUGCCUGUCUUGAAGCCUUUGUUAAGUGAUGUAAAACAACAAAUAUUCAUUAAUAUGCUGUAAUGUGUAAACACUAACUACACGCUAAAAAAUAAAAGGUUCCUGGAGGAUCCUUUAGGGGUUCUUCAAAUUGAAACCGUGAGGGAACCACUAUAAGUUCUUUGAAGAACCCUUUAAAAUGGUUCUUUAAAGAACCCCUUUUAAUGGAUCCUCAAAUAACCUUUUGAAGAACAUUUUGGGGUAAUUUUUUAACUACCCCCCUCCCCUAUUAUUAUCAUCUGCACCCAAUACAGCUAGCCUUCAACAUAUUCUUAUAGCAUACAGUACAUAUUCUUACCUCUUUGUUGAUUGAUAUCCAUUUAAUUUUCAGUGCCAAGAACCAUAAGGUUCUUCAAAGAACUUUGAGGAUCUUAGAAGAACCCUUGUUGAACCCCUAAUUCUUAGAGUGUAGAAGCAAACCUGCUUGGACCAAUCCCUUGUAAUUAUAGUAAAAUACUGUGAAAUACAAAGCCCUCCCCUCAAUGAAUUUCAUUAAUCCAUGAAUUCAUGAAUUCAUUCCGAUUACGGUAGCAUUUACUUUUUUACAGUAUACUGUAUUGUACUGUGUGUCAUUACACAGUAUUUUCUUUGAUACCGUACUUAUAUUACAGUAAGUGUACUAUAAUAUGAAAUGUCAAAUUCACGGUAACCCCUUUAAAGUGUACAGAAACCUAAUUUCAAGCCUCAUCUCCCUAACGUUGUCCCAGUAUUGCCUCAGGGUUUUGCUGAGGUUGAGUCAGCGCUGCAUUGUUUGUGUGAGUGGCCUUGUGUUCUGAAUGAUACGUAGCUGUUGCACCGAGAGGGCCGGACGAUUACAUCAACUUGGCAGAGCGGGUGGAAUUUUGUCUGGUUUUGUUUGGGGUCAUGAGAUUGCAGAGCAGGGAGCCUGCAUCCCAAAUGGCACCCUACACUCUUAGAAAAAAGGGUUCCAAAAGGGUUCUUCGACUGUCCCAAUAGGAUAACCCUUUUUGGUUCCAGGUAGAACCCUUUUGAGUUCCAUGUAGAACCCUCUGUGGAAAGGGUUGUACAUGGAACCCAAAAUGGUUAUACCUGGAACCAAAAGCGUUCUUCAAAGGGUUCCCCUAUGGGGACACUUUUAGGUUCUAGAUAGCACCUUUUUUUCUGAGAGUGUGCCCUCGAUAUCACUACUUUUGACCAGGGCCCAUAGCGCACUACAUAUGGAAUUAAGUGCCAUUUGGGAGGCAUCCAGAAAGCUUUACUGUGGGAUGGGAGAAGGGAAGGAGGAGGGGGAGUGUAAAAAUGAUUGAUAUUUGAUACAGAUAGGGCUAUUGGGGUGACCGUAUUAUCGCCACACCGGCAGUCAUGAGUCAUGACGGCAGUAAAAUUUACCGUUGAGUCACGGUAAUCUCCUUUUAUUGACUCUGGACAUGUUUUGGUAGUACCCAACUCGCUAACUACCAUCAGGUCCUAAUGGCCUGGUACUCAGAGCUCUAUUGUCCCUCUAACCACUCUGACAUCAAUGCAAAUGCGAUCGAAAAUCACGUCAAACUCUUAUCAUCAAAACAGUAUGGCUAUCGUACUUUUAAAACGUUUAAAUCACCUUGCUGUGAUGAUCAAUUUGAAGAAAGAAGUUCAACAGCAGUGUAAAACAUGGUUGUUGCGGAUGUUGUUUCAAAGCCUAACACAACAAAAUGGACAGCGUGAUGAUUCAUUAAAAACCUCCAUACUUCCAUAUACAUAGGCUUAUGAGCCCAAUCCCAGAAAAAAAUAAACGGAAUUAAAAUGAUGAUUGUUCCGUUAUACAAUACAUAGCCUACUGCAUAUUAUGCAUGGGAGAAAAACAUAAAACAAACCUGAUUUAAGAUGUCUUUGGUACAUAAUUGGUCUAGUCUAUACUCCAAAAUUAAACAAAUUCAAGUAAUUGCCUUUGAGUGUGGACUGCAUUAUUAUGCAUACUGGAUGGACUGGUUACCUUAUGCUACGCUCCAAAAUGUCUAUCCAUGAGUCUGGAAGAGAAUGUAUAGCCUAGCUAGGCAAUGCUGUUGUUUCAUUGAUUGUGCAGGGCGGCUUACAGUUAGCCUACAAUUAGUGAAUUUGUAUUUGAUUUUGAAUAGCCUAGUAAUAGGGAAUUUAAAUAUUUUCAUAAUUAAUUGGGUGACACAUUACCUUCAGCUAUACAGAAUAUCUCACCACCAUGCGUUUCCAUCUCCUCCUCUCUCUCCUUUAUUCCUUUCUCGAGUGCGCAGACGGGCUGUCAACAGUUUAGUGAAAUAUGAUUAGUUUUUGCGAAAACAUGUUACUAUCGAUGUUGCCGAACAGAUUUUACUUGGUUUCCCAAAUUAAGCACUUUUGUAGCUGCAGGUACAUGGUUGGGGAGCCCAUGGCAGGUAGCGUAGUGGGUAAGAGCGUUGUGCCAGUAACCGAAAGGUCGCUGGUUCUAAUCCCCGAGCCUCCUAGGUGAAAAAUCUGUCGAUGUGCCCUUAAGCAAGGCACUUAACCCUAAUUGCUCCUGUAAGUCGCUCUGGAUAAGAGCGUCUGCUAAAUGACUAAAAUGUAAAUGUAAAAAAUGGCAUACAGAGUUUGGGUGGAAAAUUGUAAGGUUUGUAUCAUUCACAACUAAAGUUGCCAAAUAACUCCUGUUUCAAAUGUUCACUUUUACCCUCAACAUAGCCACUAUGCGCACUCGCUCCGGAACGGGAAAAAUAUCCUUUCUAUUUUAUUCAGCUAAGUUCAAUUAUAUUCUUCUUACUAUAAAAUCAUAUAAAAUAAAAUAAUAUGUCACAGGACUUUAUUAAGCAUAUAUAAGCAUAUCUUGUCAGCUAAAUGAACAAGCCUACAGCCUAUGGCAUGGAGCAUAGCCAGAUAACAUACAGUAGGCCAACUCAUAUUAUGUUCUUCUGAAAUACAUUUUCUUCAUAUCAUGUUUCUUAAGACCUGACUAAAAUAAAUAAUUGCUUCUUUUUUUUGUGAUGGUGUAUAUUAAAUUGAUUUAUUAUACUUUUUAAAAUGUAGAUGGCGGCCUGGAGGCCUAGAGAUGCUAAACGUGUUUAUGUUAUUUAACGGUCAAUUACCGGCGGACUUUUGCAUGAUAAUAACCGGCUGACAAAAUGUCAUGACCGCCACAGCCCUAGAGAUAACAAAAUAGGUUUAGGGGACAGAAAAAAGUGUUGUUGUGAGAUGUUUGUGUCAUAAAGGGGUUUUAUAGAUGAUGAGUGUGGGGCGGCAGGUAGCUUAGUGGUUAAGAGCGUUGUGCCAGUAACCGAAAGGUCGCUGGUUCUAAUCCCCGAGCCGACUAGGUGAAAAAUCUGUCGAUGUGCCCUUGAGCAAGGCACUUAACCCUAAUUGCUCCUGUAAGUCGCUCUGGAUAAGAGCGUCUGCUAAAUGACUAAAAUGUAAAAAAAAUGUAAAUGAGUGUGGAUUGGGGUUUAGCUCUGUGUUAGAAUGGUGUUAGCCUGCCCUGUCACAGUGACAACACUGUUACAGCUGGCCUGUCGAAACCAAUGGUCAAAACGAAAAAGUGUCCCAAAGUUGGUCAAUACGUGGCAGGGAUCAAUAGUUCCAUUAUCUCUCCAUUGAUUCUACCGUGAAGUUUAGCACCAUUAAAAGGUUCUCAGCCACCAGCUAAACUGCAUGACAUUGUCAGCAAACACAAAAUGGGGGCUGAGGAUUGGAUUGAAUGCCGCUCUUCAUGCUGAACCGGCACCGCUUUAAAUCCAAUCUAGUUACUCUGCUCUGCAGCUGGCUUUUUCCACUGGGGGAAUUGGUUCUGGAUGUUGUGUGUGUGUAAAGUCCUGUGUCCACAGUGUUAAAGGAUCUAUACUGUCCUGUGGUAGCAGGGUCUUGUUUGUUUUUAGCUUGAUUUAGUAAAACACAGCAGAGUGGACUGUGGAUAUCCCUGCUUUUUUCACCAGCCAGCUCAGUGCGGAGAAAGUAGCCAGUUUCCAUGGAAACACCUUGGCGAGAUAAGCUUGUACUGCAGUGCGUCUGUCUGUGUGUGUGUGUGUGUGUGUGUGUGUGUGUGUGUGUGUGUGUGUGUGUGCGUGCGUGUGUUUGUGUCUCUCUGGACUCUGGUAGGAAUUAGGAUUUAUUAGGAUUUAACUCAGUGUACUGAAGCCCAGGUGACCAAGGGGAGGGGCUGGCUAUCAUUAGCAACGCUGCUCUUGUUGUCUCUUUAUUUACUAUCUUCCUUUCUUCGGCUUUCUCUUUCUUUCAAUUCAAUCUCAAUUUAAGGGCUUUAUUGGCAUGGGAAACAUAUGUUUACAUUGCCAAAGCAAAUGAAAUAGAUAAUAAACAAAAGUGAAAUAAACAAUAAAAAAAUUAAAAACAGUAAUUACACUCACAAAAGUUCCAAAAGAAUAAAGACAUUUCAAAUGUCAUAUUAUGUGCAAAUAAAGUACAAAGGGGGAAAAUAAAUACAUAUGAGUUGUAUUUACAAUGUUGUUUGUUCUUCUUUCUCCCUCUCCACCCCUUCCUCUCCGUUUACAAAGUAUAAAUGCGGUCAACUGUAGCUCCACACCCCUAUCAGUGUCACUGUGGGGAUAAACAUCUCCAUGGUGAUGAUAAACUGGGGGAGAAAGAAGAAGGGUUGGAGACUCAUGGUGGUAUUAUUAUUAGGUUGUAUAACACCUUGGCCAAUACGCUGCUGCUUGCUCUUUGGGGGUCUAGGGCCUAGGCCGGGUUACUGUAAAAGCACUUUGUGACAAAGGUUUUUAUUAAAGUUAUAUGUUAAUUCGAUUUUUUGAUUGAUUGACACUAAUUAUUGUCACUAUAUGUGUUUCCUUCUAUUUUCAGAACUCUCUGAAGAAGAGAGGCGCUCGGCCAAACAACAAGCCAGAGAAGAAGCCGUCUCCCCAGGUAACCCAGACUUACAGAGACCUUAGAUUUUUUUCCUACAUUGAACAGCAAGAAGGACAAUCUCCUAGAGACUUCCCAAUGAAUCAACCAAAAUAAUUAUCUGCAGCUGCAGCAUUUUGUCUCAAGAUUCUCACCUUACCUCAGCUAUUGAACCCAAAGUCAAUGCUAAAGUAUUACAGUUAAACUGAUUUUUCUCACUUUCGCGACUUCCAAGAUAGCACAACAUUUUACUAGGUUGACAAUAGCAGAUCAAGCUUUGUGCACAUUCAUCUCUCUCUCUCUCUCUCUCUCUCUCUCUCUCUCUCUCUCUCUCUCUCUCUCUCUCUCUCUCUCUCUCUCUCUCUCUCGCUCUCUCUCUCGCUCUCAAUUCAAUUCAAUUCAAUUUAAGGGCUUUAUUGUCAUGGGAAACGUAUGUUAACAUUGCCAAAGCAAGUGAAGUAGAUAGUAAACAAAAGUGAAAUAAACAACAAAUAUUAACAGUAAACAUUACACUCAGAAGUUCCAAAAGAAUAAAGACAUUUCAAAUGUCAUAUUAUGUCUAUAUACAGUGUUGUAACAAUGUGCAAAUAGUUAAAGUACAAAUGGGAAAAUAAAUAAACAUAAAUAUGGGUUGUAUUUACAAUGGUGUUUUUUCUUCACUGGUUGCCCUUUUCUUGUGGCAACGGUCACAAAUAUUGCUGCUGUGAUGGCACACUGUGGUUUUUCACCAAGUAGAUAAGGGAGUUUAUCAAAAUUGGGUUUGUUUUCAAAUUCUUUGUGGAUCUGUGUAAUCUGAGGGAAAUAUGUGUCUCUAAUAUGGUCAUACAUUUGGCAGGAGGUUAGGAAGUGCAGCUCAGUUUCCACCUCAUUUUGUGGGCAGUGUGCACAUAGCCUGUCUUCUCUUGAGAGCCAGGUCUGCCUACAGCAGCCUUUCUCAAUAGCAAGGCUAUGCUCACUGAGUCUGUACAUAGUCAAAGUUUUUCUUAAGUUUGGGUCAGUCACAGUGGCCAGGUAUUCUGCCACUGUGUACUCUCUGUUUAGGGCCAAAUAGCAUUCUAGUUUGGUCUGUUUUUUUGUUAAUUCUUUCCUAUGUGUCAAGUAAUUCUCUUUUUAUUUUCUCAUGAUUUGGUUGGGUCUAAUUGUGUUGUUGUUGUUGUCCUGUGGCUCUGUAGGGUCUGUUUGUGUUUGUGUUUGUGUGUGUCUCUCUCUCUCUCUCUCUCGUUGAGGUUCUGGUGGUACACAGUGUGUGUGUGUGGGGGGGGGGGGGGGUAAUGUGGCGUUUUUAGUAUAAUGAGGAUGUCUUAUUAAAGUAAGACAAAAGGUCAAUAGUCUCUCUCUCUCCUCUUUCUUUCCUGUGGGGAUAAGGUUAAUGCUUACUAUUCUAUUAUUGGAGUGCCACAUACUGUAAAUAGUUUAAACCCUCUCCAUACUGUGUUUAAUGUUCUGGGAAAUAGUCUAUAACCAAUCAACUACAUAACACAAAGUAUUAUUUAAUGGGCCUGGAUCAUUUUGGGUCGCUUGGUUAAAUAAUAAUGGGAAGGGAAUCUGAAUACCCUCUGCAAAAUAAAUGUGAGUUUAAUAUUCAAAAUGGCUUCUGUCUGUUAUAAAUACACCAAUGUUCCUAAGUGCCCACAGCUACCACACAUUUCAUAUCACUUUAAUACAGGGUGCGUGACUUCCCAGUGUUGCAUCCACCUAUCCCACUUUGCCCCAAAAAAUCCAUAACUUUGCAUUGGUCUAACUAUUUGCUGGGGUUACCAUGAGGAUGUCAGAUGAGUUCAAGCUAUUAUGUUAAUAGAAAGAAACAAUUCACUUUUUUAAUUUGUUGUUUUGUCUUCGUAAUCUUUCUCUCUCUGUCUCUCUCUGUGAUAUGUAGGCUGGCGAUAUCUUGUCAUUGUGUGUGUGAAUGAGUCAGUAUGUUGUCAGUGUUCCUAACAACCUGUCUCUGUGCCUCUCUGUGGCCAGCAGGAGGACAGCUCUGACCUCAAGUGCCAGCUCCACUUUGCCAAGGAGGAGUCAGCGCUCAUGUGCAAGAAGCUGACCAAGAUGGCCAAAGACAGCGAGGCAAUGCGGGAGGAGCUGGCCAAGUACCGCUCGAUGUACGGCGACGUGGAUGCCUCUCUCACCGUGGAGGAGGUCAACGACUCUCCCCACACCCGCGAGGCCGAGGUCAGAGUUCACCUGAAGCUGGUGGAGGAGGAGGCCAACCUGCUGAGCCGGCGCAUUGUGGAAUUGGAGGUGGAGAACCGUGGCCUGCGGGCCGAGAUGGACGACAUGAAGGGCCAGGAGCUGCCACCAGGCCUGGGGGUCGGAGGCAUGGGAGGGCCUGGAGGAGGAGGUCUGGAGAACGUGAUGGAGCUCCAGAGGCACCUGCAGUUUGUGGAGGAGGAGGCGGAGCUGCUGCGGCGCUCACUGUUGGAAAUGGAGGAGCAGAACAAGCUGCUGAUGAACGAGAUCAACCGCUACAAGUCAGAGCUGCCGCUGGUGUCGGACCCAGACCAGGACGACUCCUCGUCCAUCUCUCUCCUGGAGGACGGUCAUGGUGGUGGGGCUCUGAUCAGCACAGAGGCCCCCCAGGAGGAGCAGCUUCAGGCCGCCAGGCUCCAGAUUGGGGAUCUGAGCGGCAAGGUGAAGAAGCUCCAGUAUGAGAACCGUGUGUUGCUGUCCAACCUGCAGCGCUGCGACCUGGCCUCCUACCACAGCUCCUCCAGGCCCGCCCUGGAGACCGACGCAGAGGCAGGGGACUCAGCCGAGUGCCUCCCCAGCAAGGCACACCGCGAGGGCCCCAUCGGAGGGGAGAACGAGCCCCUGGAGGAGAGGGAGAAGAAGACGUCCACUGGGGUUCCUGUCCCCCUGGACGGUGAUGUGCCCCUGGGGCUGAAGGACCACGAAGCCCUGCUAGCCAUGAGGGACCAGGCACGCCUCAUCUCUAAAGCCAUCCAGCUGCUGACCGCCUCAGACUUCAACUGCCCCUCCAUCUCCCUCUACCGCAAGAUCUCCUCCUCCUCCGGGGAGGCUGCAGAGCCAUGUGUCCCAGAGAAGAGCCAGCAGGCCCAGCCCUCAGAGCUCCAGGACCUGCCCCUGGUGGAGGCUCUGACGGGCAGGCUGCGAGCGCUGCACACCCAGCUCCAGGCCUUUGUGGAGCAGGUGGAGAGCCUAGGCACCACCCCCCCAGGGAGGGCACAGGUGCAGGGGGCAUCCCCCCUGCCUCUACUGUCUGAGGCUGGGGACUCUGUGGUGGGUGCACCCUUUGCCUCUCACCCCUGCCCUCCAGACGACCAGGCGGGUGAGAUCACGGCUGAGCAGAAGGUAAGAACAAACACCCUACUCCUCCUCUCCCCACCCCUCCUUUAUGAUUGAUCGUGUUUCUUUCAUUUUUUUAUAGCCUCCUUUUUUGUAGCAAGUCUAUUAUGUCUGUUCUGUUUGCUCUUUGAACCACGUUAUGGCUUACUAAUACUCCUCCACCAUCCCAGCUCACACUAUGGUUUCUCCCUGGCACAGAAUGCUGCCAGCACACAUAACAUGACACGCAUGCUGCUUUGAUGCCUUAAGCCUGUUAUAGAUGCUACAUAGAGCUCAGGCCUCAAAUGGAGCCACCGCUGUGCUGCAUGACAACUAGGGCGAUAAAGAAAUCAUAGACUACCAUUUAUUUACACACAUCAAAAGGCAAUUCUCAUAUCCAUGUAAAUGUACUGUAUAUGCGCAAGUAGGGCUAUUAAGGUGUAAUAAAAUAGCGUAUUGAAUUAGACUUCUUGAGUACCCUGUUAUUCUAAUAAUGAAUGUGGUAAAGGCCAAGGACGUGGCUGUGUGGUUCAGAAUGGAGGAGAAUCGAUAAUGAAGACAGAAGCAAACAAAACAGUGUAUCAACAGCGGUUGGUUUGCUCUUUGAGUAGUUGGACUGUAUUACUUACUAUAUAUAGCUUAGCACUCCAAGUGGCGUCAUAUAGUUAUAGUAUGACCUAGGCCUAAUGUUUAGGAUUGAACUCUUAAGUCAGUCUAGUAAAGUUGGUUCUAUGCUUAUAGUUAAGCUACAUUAGAGGCCUACUGAGUGCCAACCCCGUCCGCUCUCUCCCCCGUCCCUCCAUCUCUCCCCCGUCCCUCCAUCUCUCCCCCAUCCCUCCGUCUCUCCCCCAUCCCUCCAUCUCUCCCCCGUCCCUCCAUCUCUCCCCCGUCCCUCUAUCUCUCCCCCGUCCCUCUAUCUCCCCCAUCUCUCCCCCGUCCCUCCGUCUCUCCCCCCGUCCCUCCAUCUCCCCCAUCCCUCCAUCUCUCCCCCGUCCCUCCAUCUCUCCCCCAUCCCUCCGUCUCUCCCCCCGUCCCUCCAUCUCUCCCCCGUCCCUCCAUCUCUCCCCCCAUCCCUCCGUCUCUCCCCCAUCCCUCCGUCUCUCCCUGCCGUCCCUCCAUCUCUCCCCGUCCUCUAUCUCUCCCCGUCCUACUCCCCAUCCUCUCUCUCCCCGUCCCUCCGUCUCUCCUCUCACCGUCCCCCAUCUCUCCCCCGUCCCUCCACUCUCUCCCCGUCCUCCCUCUCUCUCCCCCUACUCCUCCCCCGUCCUCUCUCCCCCUCCCUCCGUCUCUCCCCCCGCCCUCCAUCUCUCUCCCUCCUCCUCCCUCCGUCCCUCCAUCCCCCCUCCAUCUCUUCCCCUCCCUCCGUCUCUCCCCCUCCCCCUUCCCCCACCCCAUCUCCCCCGUCCCUCCGUCUCUCCCCCUCCCUCCGUCUCUCCCCCCGUCCUCCUCUCUCCCCAUCCUCCAUCUCUCCCCCGUCCCUCCAUCUCUCCCCCAUCCCUCCGUCUCUCCCCCCGUCCCUCCUCUCUCCCCCGUCCCUCCCUCUCUCUCCCUUCCACCCUCCCCCUCUCACUGCAUGGGCACCAUGACUGCCGCUUUCUGCACUUGUUUCCCUUUCCUCUUCUUCCUCUCUCCUCUCUCUUUUGAUUAUUAUAAUCCCCUCUCCUUCACUCCCCCAACCCUCCUCCCCCAACCCUCCUCCCCCAACCCUCCUCCCCCAACCCUCCUCCUCCAACCCGCCUCCCCCAACCCUCCUCCCCCAACCCUCCAGCCGUCGCUCGCACUUCUCAUCAUUGUUUUGGUUCUGUUCUCCACUCUGUCCUACGCCACUCUGAAAAAGCUGUUUUUCCUUUACAUACUUUUCUUUGUCCUGUGAGGUUCAUUUUUUAUUUGGACCGUGUCUUAUGGAUCGUCCAUUUUGGUUCUAUUGUUUUUAUCUCUUUUUUUAUUUGGUCUUGUUUUGUUUUCAAUUCACUACCUCCCUCCCUACCUCUUCCCCCACUGGCUUCCCUCAUCCUCUUCCUUCCCUUCCUCCUCUGUUCCUCUUCCCCUCUUUUUAUUCUUUUGUUUUAUUUUUUUCAUUAACUUGCCAUUGCAUGCAGCAGCCCAACUUUAGGGACCAAUCAGAGCGCGAUGUGAAAGGUCAGAAGGAGGAGGGUGACAGCCGCACUGACAGCAACCAGAACCAGGAAACACAGGAGACGGACACAGCUCUGGUAGGUCGCUGCUACAGUACAGUCAAAAUACACACCCACAUAAUCUAUCCAAAUGAAAUUGUAUUUGUCACAUGUUUCGUAAACAACAGGUGUAGACUAACAGUUAAAUGCUUACUUACGGGUGCUUUUCCAACAAUGCAGAGUUAAAGAUCAAGAUACAAAAAAAUUGAAAUAGUGACACAAGGAAUAAAUACCCAGUGAAUAACUAAUAAAAAUAACUAGUAAAAAUAACAUGGCUAUAUACAGGGAGAACAUGCAGGGGUACGAGGUAAUUGAGGUAGCUAUGUACAUAUAGUAGGGGUAAAGUGACUAAGCAACAGGAUAGAUAAUAGACAGUAGCAGCAGCGUAUGUGGUGAGUGUAAAAGAGUGUGUGUGUGUGUGUGUGUGUGAGUGUAUGUGUGAGCGUGUUAUGUGUGUGUGGGUAUAUGUAGUGUGUUGGGGUGUAUGUGUGAGUGUGUGGGUAGAGCCCAGUGUGUGUGCAUAGAACCAGUGCAAGAGAGUUAGUGUAAAAAAGGGUCAUUGUAGGUAGUCCGGGUAGCCAUUUGAUUGGCUAUUUAGCAGUCUUCUUUAGCAGUCUUAUGGCUUGGGGGUAGAAGCUGUUCAGGGUCCUGUUGGUUCCAAACUUGGUGCACUGGUACCGCUUGCCGUGCAGUAGCAGAGAGAAGAGUCUAUGGCUUGGGUGGCUGGAGUCUUUGACACUUAUUUGGCCCUUCCUCUGACACUGCCUGGUAUAGAGGUCCUAGAUGGCAGGAAGCUCAGCCCCAGUGAUGUACUGGACCGUACUCACCACCCUCUGUAGCGCCUUGUGGUCAAGUGCCUUGCAGUUGCCAUACCAAGCGGUGAUGUAGCCAGUCAAGAUGCUCUCAAUGGUGCAGCUGUAGAACUUGAGAAUUUGAGGGUCCAUGUCAUGUCUUUUCAGCCUCCGGAGGGGGAAGAGGCACUGUCAUGCCCUUUUCACAACUGUGUGUGUGUGUGUGUGUGUGUGUGUGUGUGUGGACACCAAGGAACUUGAAGCUCUCGACCCGCUCCACUACAGCCCCAUCGAUGUGUAUGGGGGCGUGCUCAUCUCUCCUUUUCCUGUAGUCCACGAUAAGAUCCUUUGUCUUGCUGACGUUGAGGGAGAGGUUGUUGUCCUUGCACUCACUGCCAGGUCUCUGACCUCCUCCCUAUAGGCAGCCCCAUCGUCGUCUGUGGUAAGUCCUACCACCGUUGUGUCGUCAGCAAACUUAAUGAUGGUGUUGGAAUCUUUCGCAGCCACACAGUUGUAGGUGAAUAGGGAGUACAGGAGGAAACUAAGCACGCACCCCUGAGGGGCCUCCGUGUUGAUGGUCAGCGUGCCGGAUGUGUUGUUGCCUGCCCUCACCACCUGGGGGCAGCCCAUCAGGAAGUCUAGGAUCCAGUUGCAGACGGAGGUGUUCAGUCCCAGGGUCCAAAGCUUGGGGAUGAGCUUGGAGGGGACUAUGGUGUUGAAUGCUGAGCUGUAGUCAAUGAACAGCAUUCUUACAUAGGUAUUACUUUUGUCCAGGUGGGUGAGGGCAUUGUGGAGUGCAAUAGAGAUUGUGUCAUCUGUGGAUCUGUUGGGGAGGUAUGCGAAUUGGAGUAGGCCCAUGGUGUUUGGGAUGAUGGUGUUGAUGUGAGCCAUGACCAGCCUUUCAAAGCCUUUCAUGUCUAUAGUCAUUUAGGCAGGUUACCUUGGUAUCUUUGGGCACAGGGACUAUCGUGGUCUGCUUGAAACAAGUUGGUAUUACAGACCGAGUCAGGGAUGAAAUGUCAGUGAAGACACAUGCCAGCUGGUCAGCACAUGCUCUGAGUACGCGUCCUGGUAUUUUCCGUCUGGCGCCCCGGCCUUGCGAAUGUUAACCUGUUUAAAGGUCUCACUCGCAUCGGCUAUGGAGCACGAGAUCACAUAGUCGUCUGGAACAACUGGUGCUCUCAUGCAUGGUUCAGUGUUGCUUACCUCGAAGCGAGCAUAGAAGGCAUUAAGCUUCUCUGGUAGGCUUGCGUAGCUGGGCAGCUCACGGCUGGGUUUCCCUUUGUAGUCCGUGAUAGUUUGCAAGCCCUGCUACAUCCAUCUAGCAUCAGAACCGGCUUAGUAAGAUUCUACCUUACUCCUGUGACCUUAGUCCCCCCCCCCCAAAACAUACACACUGUGCACUCCUUGAUGGCCCAAGCAUGUGGUUUAUGCUGUCUUUAGGCUUGCUUCCCUUGUUCUUUCAUGUGGGUUAAUCAGGCUGGAAUCACGCUGCUGCUGUAAACACAAUGACAUCAACUCUUGAAGUGAGAAGAGGACGUGUCUGCUGCUCAGUGUUUGUUUGGUCUUUCCAUAGCAGGCCUCCUUGGAAACCUGGGCUGUGAGAGGGAAUCAGCAGAAGCGAUGAAUAGAGCAGAGAGAAACACAAUCGCCACAUCCCGCUCUCCUGUUACAGGAUAUUGCAAUGUUGGUUUUAUUAUGUGAGAGUCGUGAAAUGAAAGGUUUCUCUCUGGACUGUAUUGUAGCACAUAAUCAGUUAGUAAUCUGAACACACCACACACUUUAUAUACUGAGAGAACCUCAUGGUUGCUGUCAGUAGGAUAGGUAUUAAAGGUGCAAUAACUCAGUUGAUUUCUCUGUAUCUGCAAAAUUAAAACACAUUCGAAAUUAAAAAUGAUAUAAUCAUAGUAGGCGAUGACAACUAUGAACUAUGACAAGAUUGCACGCCACAUUAAAUUGGCUUGUGGGCCACGUGUUUGAGAUCUUUAGGCCUAUUCAUUUAUCUCAGUAAUCACUGCAUCAAAGACUACUGUUGGCUUCUACACGUCAUUCAUCCACCCUGCUCCUCUCUUCCCUCUCAGUGAUCAGUGAUUAGGCUGCCAGGACAGGGACAGGGAAGUCCAGGACCAGGUCCAGGGAGGGAAGGACAGGGUCGUCGAUAGAAGCGUGACAGGGCUGAUGUAUGGACAUGGAUGUGGGAGUGUUGGUGGGAACCUGGGGUCCAUCAGGGUAACUGUUCUAUUCACAUGGUUUCAAAACGUUGUGCAACGGAAAAUGAAAAGGAGCGUUUCUUAUUGGACAAGUUCAGGUAGUCCCUCCACAUUUCAGUCCGUUUUCUUCUGUUUGGUCCCUAAUGAAGACGGCCCUGGUCUCUCCCCACUGAGUGGUGCCUCUCGUGUCCAUUCCUUCCACCCAACCCUUUCAGAGUAGCUCAGUAAUGUAUUGUAUGAUAAUCUGUUAUUCCAUUUCUUAGCCAGAAUGUUAGAAAUAGGGUACUAUAUCCUGCUCAGAAAGCUACUUAAAGGUAGACUCAGCGAAAUGAUGUUGCCACGAGCAGCACUGGAGAUAUUGAGAUUAGCGAGAUGUAACACUUCGCUCUCACACAGUCAAACAGCCUCGCGCUUUAACUCUCUUAUUUGUUGCAGAAAUUGACCCAUUAUGCUUUUUUACUUUCUGCAUUUACGUUAUAUCGCUGAGUCUACCUUUAAAUGGGAGAUUCUUCUGCAGGGCAGUGGUGUGACUGACAUAAAGCUGUGAAGGGCAUCAGAAACUGACAGCAGGUUAUCCAUUUAUGUAAAUGGAGGCUGCGUCUGAGGCUUGGCUGGGAAAUGUAAGCCCUUUACACCCUUUUUAUGUUCUACGAGGCAAAUAUGCAUUGAAAUUUGACGAACUUGAAAGGUCUAGCAGCUGAAAUUGAGCUCCCCUCGCUCCUCAAUCCCUUUGGUGAGAAAUUGAGGGUGUCAGAAGUCACUUAUAGAGGCUGCAGAGGUGAAGGAGGGAGCGAUAUACAAAAGCUGGUUAUGGUGUAACUGAUAUACAAAAUCAGCUGUAAAUCGAUUAUGUUACUCGCUGAGCAAUAGUGAGCUAGUGUCAUAGCGCAAUGGGGACCUACACUGACAGGAAAGUUUACUCACUCAGAAAACACAAUAAGGGUAGACGAAUGGUGGGUGAAAUUGUACAACAACAACCAAAAAUGAUUCCAGCAACGCCUAUCAAGCUUACAUAUGAAAAUAAAUGACAUAGUAUUUUCACUUAUCUGGCAAAUCCCUCAGAGAAUCGCAAGACAAAGCAUAAUGGUCGCCGUCUUUAUACUUCAAAACACAGCAGCAACUAGUAGCCUAACGCCAUUUAAACACAGAUAUCCAUGGCACAUUAUACACACAGUGGAUAUUAAAUAAUUGCAUUUUCAUUUUCAAACCUCUCAAGCCUUUAGAGUAAUACAAUUCCCUCAGGGUAUUUCCGUCUUCCACAGAACAUCCCAGCCCUAUCACAUUUUACACGCUUCAUCUAAUUGGCGAGAAUGAUUUUUUGCCGCUGAGUGAUAAUGAAGAGAUCGAGCGGCUGGUCUUGAGCCUAUCGUUAUAAAGGAGGCCAUUUGAGUUAGCAGUUAGUGGGUUAACGGUGAUGGUGGGCUGGGUCGGGGUGGCCCGCACCACGAGUUAGCGGAGGGUGAAGAAGAAGAACAUUAAGGGGAACGGUCGAUGCGUCUCACUCCACAGCCAAAUGAAGUAUGUGAUGAUAUUUAAGAUGAGGCAUGUUCGUUCUACCACAGGGCCGACUGUGGGUGUAAGUGUAAUGUAUUAUUUAACUGUGUAGCGGGGAUUGUUGUUCCCUGUUUGGAGUAGAGUUAUGAUCAAUAUGUUUGUUGAUGUUUGUUGUGUUAUACAAUCUAAAGAAGGAUAUUUUUUAGUUGGGAGGUGGUGUGGUGUAUUUUACUCUAGCUAUAAUGGAGUACUUCUCUCUCUCCCUCCUUCGCUCCCUCCCUCCCUCAGCAGAUCAGUGAGCUGCAGGCCCUUCUGUUGGAUGCGAGGGAGACGGCUCACGGGACGCAGGAGGAACUGACUCUGGAGAGACAGGCCCCCACACAGACAGACCACAUCCACAGCAGUUCUCAGACACUCACACAGGUACACACCCAUAGAAAUACAACUGUUCUAUGUCUAUGUACACAACACUGACUAAAGACAAACCCUGCUAAACCACGCAGAGCAUUAUCUUUUUUGUUUUUUUAUAUAUAUACUCCCCUUUAUUACUUUUCAACCCGCCAUCCUUUACCUACUUGGGGUAAAUUAGUGAACAACAAUGCUUAGGCCUCUACUUCCAGCUUAUACUUACUAUCUACAUUUUAUGGACACAGUCAAUUUUACAACAAUUCUAUUUUAUUUGUUUUUGCUCCUGAACUUCUUCUACUCUCAACCUCUCCGAUCAUUUUCAUGAUGUCCAUCCGGUUUGCUUCUAUAUGCCAUAUCUUUCUAACUGUGCUCUUUCCCAAAAGCUCCCAACAUACAACCUAUAUACUUAUUAUGGACACAGUUUGCUUACAUUAUUAGUUAUCUUGUUAUUAUUUGUUGUUAUUUGUUAUUAGUCCCAUCCUUCAACUCCAUUCAACACCUCCCAUCUAUCUCUUAACACCAUCCAUAUAGGAUUUCUAUUUGCCAUAUAUAUUUCAACUGUACUUUGAUGUUUUACAAAAGUUCGGAACAUUUCUAUUCUCAUUGUUUCUACAGAUUGUGAAUUAAAAAUAAACAUUUUUGCUCAAAGUAUUAUUAUAUUACGCAGAGCAUUGUUACUGUAACGUCUUGUCAAUGCUAAUACAGAAUAUGCGCCCAGUGCAGAACAGUAUGGUAUCGCUACUAUAUGUUUAACAACUGUUUAUUACAUACAUGCACCCACUUGCACCCACAUACAUGCACCCACUUCAUAAACAAGUGCUAUGAAGCGCAUCCCUUAUAAUAACAACACUGUCACUGUAGCCCUCACUAACUGGCCUGUGUCCUGUGCGUGUGUGUAUGUGUGUGUAUGUGUGUGUAUGUGUUUGUGUCUCCCUGUGUCCCCAGCUGCAGGAGGAGCACCAGAAGGCCCUGACGCGGAGGGACUUCCAGCUGCAGAGUCUGAGUCUGCAGACACGGCUGCAACAGAAGUUCUGGAGCCAAGAGAGGAACCUGAUGGUGCAGGAGUCCCACCAGCUCAAGCAGACCUUGCUGCUGCUCAGCCUCAAGCUGCGCUGCUUCCUCAAACAGUGGCGGCUGGGACGCAAGCUGGACACGGAGGCCAAGGAUGUCCUGGAGGUACAGGACUGGUGGACACCUUCUCCUUUUGAAUCAACCACUUAGCUGUGGCAGAAUAGUUUGGUUGGUUGGUUGAUUGGUUGGCUUGCUGGCUGAUUGGCUGGCUGGCUGGCUGACUGGCUGGCUGACUGAUUAACUGUUUGACUGAGUGGCUGACUGACUGACAGAUAAUGUGCUGUGUGUUUCCCUACAGGUGAAUAGUCUGAAGGACCUGUACCUGCUGCUGGAGGAGGAGAGUCUGGCCGCCCACCAGGGAGACAACAAGAUGGCCGCCGCAGAGGAGCAGUCCCUCAGCCCCAGCAUCUCCAAGGAGCUCUGCAUGCUGGAGAAGAGCUACAAACAGGUACAGGACACACAGGGUUAACACUGGAAAAUACAGUAUUAAUGCAAUAUUUGAGACUAAAUGUGGCAUAGAGAUCCUCGAGAGAUAAAUAGUUAGAGAUAAUAUAGAGGUAUUAUUCAGAUAGUAAUAAUGUUAAAUGUAAAUAUUAUAUUCAUCUCUAUGACGAGGUCAUUCACUGAUUCUCUAUCUUGUCCGUGCCCUAGACGAGCGGCGUGAGCAGCACUCUGGCAGACCUCAAGGGAGCGCUCCAGGAUCUGAGCGGAGUGCUGCGAGAGGAGCGUCAGGGCUCCCAGGAACUCACCCAGCAGUUUGCCCGUGCCAAGGCCUCCUGGGAGGUGGAGAGGACAGAGCUCUUGAGCCUCAUCACCCAGGUAAGACCAGAACACCUACUGAAAGCAACUGGCAUUAUAAUGAUGUGAGCGAGCUGACACUCAAUGUGGCUGACAUGGUAUUGUGCUAGCUAGUCUAUAGAAAGCUCUGUUGCAUAGUUUUAAACCUACACUCUUAGAAAAAAAGGUGCUAUCUAGAACUUGAAAGGGUUCUUCGGCUGUCCCCAUAGCAGAACCGUUUAAAGAACGCUUUUUGGUUGCCGUUAGAACCCUUUCUACAGAGGGUUAUAAAUGGAACACAAUGGGUUCUACCUGGAACCAAAAAGGGUUCUCCUAUGGGGAACCAAAAAGGGUUAUCCGAAGAGUGUAUAGCUAGUUGACCUAAAACCAACAAAAAACCCUCAACCAUCAGGUGUUAUUUGGCUAGUUUAGAGGCCAGGUUAUUAUGUAGCUUACAGACCAUUAUCUAGGCUUAGCAUAAAGCCGCCCUGGGAGGGCAGUAAUUCAUCACACCUUUUAGCACCCUGGUACCACACAGACUACUGGAGAGAGAGGACAGAUAAUAGGACCCUAGCCACCAGGGUUACGAUCUCUCCCUGUUUGGAGGUAGAGUCAUUACUUUAGUGUAGAUUCAUGCCUGAUCAGUCAGAUAUUCUAUACCUACUGGGCCCCAAUUGUUUCUCCUUUUGGCUACCUGGAUGUCUGGGGCAAAGUCAUUGAUUGUACGGCCAUUAAGUGACGUUUUGUAGUGGAACUAUAGCUAUCCAUUCAGCAUGCAGGAGAGCACACCAUGAAGCUGAACACAGAUCAAGUUACCCAUUCAUAAAGGAUGACAUGACCUUCCAUUUGUUACAAUCUACUCACUGAAAAAAGGAUUAUGUUACAGUUCAGUAUGAAUCAGUCACUGGGUAUUCAUUUCAUCACCAAUACUCAUAGUGACAAAUGGCUUGAAACUGCUGAUAUCCUUAGGUGGUGGAUUUGUACCAAUCUAUUUGUCUGGUGUUCCGUCUGGCCGUCUGUUUUUCCCUCAGACCUCCGUUCACUGUGUGUGUGUGUGUGUGUGUGUGUGUGUGUGUGUGUGUGUGUGUGUGUGUGUGUGUGUGUGUGUGUGUGUGUGUGUGUGUGUGUGUGUGUGUGUGUGUGUGUGUGUGUGCGUGCUCGCGUGCGUGCUCGCGUGCGUGCAUGUGUGUGAGAGAGGGUAUCUGGCAGUGAGAGAUGAGUUUAAUAUCCAGACGACUGCCAGCCUGAGACGUUCUCAUAACAGCAGCCUCCAAAAUGACUUAAAUGAACAUGCUUUAAGACAGGCCACUGCAUUACAUACCAGGGGGGAAACAGAAGGAGAAAAAUAGAAAAGGAAUCAAGAGGAGGAGAGAUGAAGAGUAAUAACGAGAGAGAGAGAGAGAGAGAGAGCGAAAGAAAAUGGGGGAGAAAUAAACAGAGGAAGGGAGGGGGGGCGUCACAAUUUACACAAUUUACAACCAUGGAGGAGUUUUGUCUCUCUCUUCCAUGGCAGUAGUAAUGUGUUGUGUGUCCGGGAGAGAGGGAGAGAGGGAGAGAGAGGGGGGAAAAAUGGAUAGGGAGAGAGGAAAAGGGGCUUCUUGCGCUAUAGUUCUAGAUCUUAUGAAACUUGAUACAACUAACUUCUUUUUAAUUGAUAUUUCCUGAUGAAAUAAGGCCCAACAUGGACUGUAGGAGCAUGGCCCAGGCUGUAGCCUUGGGUGAAGCCUACAUUUUGCCUUGGGUUAAUUAAAGUCCUGAUUUGUGUUUUGUUUGUGUCUCACAAGAAGACCCAGAUGCCAAUGUAGUAAUUCAGUUGGAACACUUUAAAAUGGCGUCACCUGUGUGAAUCAUGGCCAUAAUCAAAGCGUUGGCUCUCUUUUCCCAGUCUGGGAUCAUUUGUCAUCUGAAAGUGCUGACAGGUGACUUUCCCCAAAUGCAGUGCGGUGAUUUUAUUAGAUCAGAUUUACUGACUAACCUUUAUGGCAUAAUUAGAGCAUGAUUCAUUUAGUAUUUCUUAUUUUUUGAGAAACUCAUUCAUCAUCUGCUGCCCCACCCUGAGAGUCAUACACGCACGCACGCACACACACACACACACACACACACACACACACACACACACACACACACACACACACACACACACACACACACACACACACACACACACACACACACACACACACACACACACACACACACACAAUUCUACAAUGCCCCCUUCACUCUAUAAACUAUGCUGUUACUGUGCCCUUGUCUUGUGUAGACCUACUGGUCUGGUGCCCAAGAUCUGGAUGGCACAGCUGGGGCCAAUCUCUCCCUGAUCUGCUCUGCCAACCACAUCAGUAGGAUGGCAUCCUGGCAACGUGGCAUGGCACCAGCAGCUGUUGCACUGUGGAACCAGGCUUAGGGCCUAAUGCCUACAGAUGCCUACAGAAAACCCUUUUAGGAAGUCUGUCUAAAGUUGUUUUGGGUGGAAACUGGGGUGAAUUGGGAGCGUUCAAAGCAAAAGUCUUUCUCUGUGCAAUAAACCUCCAGACAACUAUUAAGUCACAGCCCCGCAACGCCUCACCAAUAAAACUCAUUAGGGAUAUUCAUCAUCAGAUGAGAUCAACGCUCCGUCGCCGUCGGAGACGAAUGGCGUAGUCGUCCAAUAGGCCGCCCAGACUCCUCCAUUAGCACCAUAUAAGGCAGGAACCUGCAGUCGUCCCCACCAUAGCGAUUGAUGGGGCUCCCUCCACUGAAAGCUGUGAGUUCUAAUAUGAGAAAAAAAACGAGACAGACUUGUAAAAAAUAUAAAGAGUAAUCACCUCCUUGAAGCGCUGCUUGAUUCAUUCAAAUGGGGGGAUUGGAGAGAAGGGAGCGGUGGAGAAAGAGGGGAAAGAGAGAGAGUGAGAAAGGAGAAAGAGGAGGGAGAGAGGAAAGGAGGGAAAGAGAGGGAGGGUGGAAAGAGGGGGAAGGGUGGAGAAAGGGGAAAGAGGGGGAGAGGUGGAGAGAAGGAGGGGGAGAGGGAGCGGAGGGAGAGGGGCGAAAUGAGGAGGAGAGGGGAAUGAGAGGAAAGGCUGAGGUGGAAAGGAGGUAGAGGGAGGGUGAGAAGGAGGAAGAGGAGGAAUGAGAGAGGGGGAGAGAGGGGAGAGAGAGAGGAAAGAGGGAGGGAGGAAGGUGGGAGAGAGGAGGGAGGGGGGAGAAGGGGGGAGAAAGAGAGGAGAAGAAAGAGGGAGGUGAAGAGGUGGAGAGGGAGGGAGGGGGUAAAAAGAGGGGGAAGUUAGGAGGACGAGGGGAGAGAGGAGGGAAGAGGGGGGGAGGUGAGAGAGAAGAAGAGGGAGUGGGGAGAGGAGGAGAGGGAGGGAAAGAGGAGGGAGAGAGGAGGAAGGAGGAAGGUGGAGAAAGGGGGGAGAGGGGUGAGAAGAGGAGGGAGGGACGAAAGGUGGAGAGAGGGGGAAGAGGAGAGAGGGGAGGAGGGGAAAGAGGAGGAGAGGUGGAGAGGAAAGAGAGUGAAAGAGGAAGGAGAGGUGGAGAAAGGGUGGAGAGAGGAGGAUAAGACUAGGGCGAGGUGGAGAAAGGAGGGAAAGAGGAGGGCGAGGUGGAGAGAGGAGGGAAGGGAAAGAGGAGGGCGAGGUGGAAGAGAGGGAGAGGAAAGAGUAGGGAGAGGUGGAGAGAGGAGGGACAGAGGAGGGAGUGUUGGAGAGAGGAGGGAAAGAGGAGGGAGAGGUGGAGAGAAGAGUGAAAGAGGAGGGAGUGGUGGAGAGAGGAGGGAAAGAGGAGGGCGAGGGGGAGAGAGGAGGGGAGGUGGAGAAAGGAGGGAAAGAGGAGGGAGAGGUGGAGAGAAGAGGGAAAGAGGAGGGAGUGGUGGAGAGAGGAGGGAAAGAGGAGGGCGAGGUGGAGAGAGGAGGGCGAGGUGGAGAAAGGAGGGAAAGAGGAGGAGAGGUGGAGAGAGGAGGGAAAGAGGAGGGAGAGGUGGAGAGAGGAGGGAAAGAGGAGGGAAGGUGGAGAGAGGAGGGAAAGAGGAGGCGAGGUGGAGAGAGGAGGGAAAGAGGAGGGAGAGAGGGAGGGAAAGGAGGACGAGGUGGAGAAAGGAGGGAAAGAGGUGGAGAGAGGAGGGAAAGAGGAGCGCAAGGUUGGGAGAGGAGGGAAAGAGGAGGGAGAGGUGGAGAGAGGAGGGAAAGAGGAGGGCGAGGUGGAGAGAGGAGGGCAAGGUGGAGAGAGGAGGGAAAGAGGAGGGUGAGGGGGAGAAGAGGAGGGCAAGGUGGAGAGAGGAGGGAAAGAGGAGGUAGAGGUGGAGAAGGGAGGGAAAGAGGGGGGAGAUGUGGAGAGAGGAGGGAAAGAGCAGGGAGAGGUGGAGAGAGGAGGGACAGAGGAGGGAGUGGUGGAGAGAGGAGGGAAAGAGGAGGGAAAGAGGAGGGAGAGGUGGAGAGGAGGGAAGAGGGAAAGACGGAGGGGUUGGGGGGAGAGAGGGAACGAGGAGGGCGAGGUGAGAGAGGAGGGACCACGGGGGGCGAGCGUGGAGAGAGGAGGGAAGAGGAGGGGAGGGGGAGAGGGAGGGGCACCGGGCGGUAGGUGGGAGAGGAAGGGAGGGAAGGUAGGGAGAGGGGGAGAGAGGGGGAGGGACAGAGGAGGGAAAGGUUGGGGGAGAGAGGAGGGAGAAAGAGGAGGGAGAGGUGGGAGAGAGAGUAGGAGAGGAGGGAGGGGGGGGAGGAGAGAGGGAAAGAGGAGGGACGAGCGGUGGGAGAGGGGGAGGGCCGGAGGGUGGAGAAAGGAGGGAAGAGGAGGGGACGGGGAGAGAGAAGAGGGACAAGAGGAGGGAGUGGAUGGGAGAGAGGAGGGAAAAAGAGUGAGGGGAGGGGGAGGAGGGAGGGAGAGGUGGAGAAAGGAGGGUAAAAGAGGACGGGAGGGUGAGAGAGAGGAGGGAAAGAAAGAGAAAGGUGGAGAAGCAGAAAGGGGAAAGAGGAGUGGAUGGGAGAGCGGAGGGAAAGAGGAGGGACGAUGCGUUGGACGGAGAGGAGGGCGAAAGUAGGAGGGACGAGGAGGAGAGGUGGUGAACGAGGAGGACGAUGGUGGAAGAAAGGGGGGGAUAAGAGGAGGGGCAGAGGUGGAGAGAGGAGGGAAAGCGGAGCGGAGGAGGUGGAGAGAGGGAGGAUAAGGGGGGGCAAGGUUGGGGAUGAGGAGGGAAAAGAGGAGGUAGAGGUGGAGAGAGGAGGGAAAGAGGAGGGCGGAGGUGGAGAGAGGAAGGGAAAGAGGGAGGGGCAACGGGUGGAGAGAGGAAGGGAAGAGGAGGGCAAGGGGGAGAGAGGAGGGGAAAGAGGAGGGCAGGGUUGGAGAGGAUGGAAGGGGUAGAGGGGUGGAGGGAGAGGUAGGAGGUGGGCGAGGGGAGGAGGGGGAAAGAGGGAGGGCAAGGUGGAGGAGAGGAGGGGAAAAGAGGAGGGCUAGAUGUUGGAGAGAGGAGGGAAAGAGGAGGUAGAGGUUGGAAGAGAGGAGGGAAAGAGGAUGGUAGAGGUGGAGGAGACGAGCGGAAAGACGGAACGGGAGAUGUGGGAGGGAAGGGGGGAAGAGGAGGUAGAAGGUUGGAAGAGACGAGGGGAAAGGGAGGGAGAUGUGGGAGAGGAUGUGGAAAGAGGAGGUAGAGGUGAGAGGGAGGAAAGAGGAGGGAGAGGAGGGUGUGCGAGAAGGAGGGACAAGAGGAUGGGCGGGUGGAGAGAGGAGGGGACAAGGAGGGAGUGGGAGAGAGGUGGAAGAGGAGGAGAGGUGGAUAAGAGGGAAGGUAGGUGGUGGUGGAGAGGGAGGGAUGGAAAGAGGAGUGCGAGGUUGGAGGAGAGGAGGGGAACAGAGGAGGGGCGAGGUGGUGGGGAGAAAAGGAGGGAAAGAGGAGGUAGAGGUGGAGAGAGGAGGGAAAGAGGAGGUAGAGGUGGAGAGAGGAGGGAAAGAGGAGGAGAAUGAAGGGAGAAACGUAGCGGGCUUCUUCAGCUGUUGUCUCUUUAAUGUGACUGAUAGUUUCCAGGUUUUCUCUCCGUUUUCUCUUCCGCCUCAAAAACAAGGGAUGACUUAUUCAAAUUGUCAGCAUCUACUGUUGUUCUUUAUUUAUAGGGCUUUCUCAUUGCUUCGCUCCAUAUCUGGUUUUAUAGAGGGAGGAAUACUAAAGAGCAAAUAAAGUCUGUUUAGAUAUUCACAUUCGUGAUGCACGGGUCAGAUGUUUGUUCACACACACCCACCCGCAAUUGCUAAUUACCCAUCCGCAAUCACCCCACUAUAUGUGAUAAAGUGAAAAUCUGAUCCUAACUCACAAAUAUAGAAAAUGUGCUGUACAGUUCCUUUUUUCUCUCUUAAAAAAUUAUUGAACAAUGACGUUUUCCUUCAACAUUUACUCAUUUAUUUAAUUAAUAUUUAUGCCUAUUGAACAGUAGCUUAAUGUGUUGCUGAAACAACAAAUGUCAAACAAUAGCCUAAAUUGACACCUUGCACAUGCUUUUGUGAAAAAAUAGUCAAACAAUAAAUCAGAUAUUGGUCAUGCUUUUGUGAAAAUACACUGUACAAUUGGGAUACUUUUCCCUUGAACAAUUAAGUGAACAAUUAUGUUUUUCUUGAGCAUUUAGCCCUAUUCAUUGGAAAAGGCUUAUUGGACGGUAGCCUAUCGUUUUGCUGAAACGAAACAAAAUGUGAAAUGGGCUAAUAGCCUAUACCGGCAUAUGAAUGUAAAAAAAAAAAUUGAAUAAAAAAAUGAAUAGGCAUAGAAAAUAAAUAGGAUAUAACGUAACAUAAAGUUGAGAAAAUCUAAGUACCCACUGUCCAGUUAUGAAGUUAUAAUUGCUUACUUUGUCUUUCUUUUGCAGCACUGUUGAGAAACAGAAUAGCGUCCACUGUGCCAGGUUUCAGUCAGUGCGGGUAAAAUUAGGACCUAAAGCUUAGGCUUACGCACCAAUGCCAAAUAAAAAAUUAUGAAAGAAAAAUCAUCAAUGUAGCCUAUAGAUAUGAAUUGCACAAGAAUUAUACAUACAUUUUUUUAUGCAUUGUUUUCUCUUUAUUCAACCCGCCCGCAACCCACCGCCCUUCAUCCACAUAAUAUUUCAUGACCCUAAACCCGCCCGCCCCGCAGAUAUAACCACAGCGACUGCGGGUUAUGAGUCAACCCACGCACCACUAAUUCAGAUAAACACUAACAGUUGUUCUCAGAGAAAGAAAGAAAGAAAGAAAGAAAGAAAGAAAGAAAGAAAGAAAGAAAGAAAGAAAGAAAGAAAGAAAGAAAGUGAGAAAGAAAGAGAUAGAAAAGUAUCUAGAGUGUAAAUCAGUGAGAGAGAGUGGAAUUCAGGAAGUGUCUGUUUUUCUGCAAUUGGGUAUUUCAUCACCUGUAGGCCUACAUCUAAUUUAGCUGUUCAGAAAUGCAUGGAACAAGAACUUGUGCACCAACCGCACUCCAUCCCCCAUAAUUCGUCAUGUUCAUCAACCUCACCCCCUCUGUCACCCCCUUCCAGCUGGAGAGCAAGUUGGGCCAAGCUGCGCUGGCCGGGGAGGAGAAGGACCUCCAAGGACCUCCCGACCUGAAGAUGGCCCUGAAGAGGGAUCGUGAGGAGUACCAGCACCUCCUGGCCGACUCGUAUGCCGCCGUCAUGGACCUGACCAAGCAGCUGCAGAUGGGAGAGAGGAACUGGAGCCGUGAGAAGCUGGAGCUUCUAGAGCACUUCAGUCAGGAGAGAGGCCAGUGGGAGCAGAGGCUACAGAACAAGAUGGUAACUUGAUUUCAUUGCACCUCAGAGCUUCUACUCUGCUAGCAUAGUCUAGUAGUCUGGCAUAACCAUGUAUAUUGAGAGUGACACUUAGCCAUAACAUUUUACAUUUUAGUCAUUUAGCAGACGCUCUUAUCCAGAGCGACUUACAGGUAGUGAGUGCAUACAUUUUUCAUACUGGCCCCCUGUGGGAAUCGAACCCACAACCCUGGCAUUGCAAACGCCAUGCUCUACCAACUGAGCUACACGGGGCCUGAAAUAAAAACAAGAGUUUCUAUUGGACAAAUUAAGGUAUGUUUAACCCCGCUCGUUCCACUUGCUUCCGUUUAAGAAACGUUUUUCAACAGAAUCAGCAGAAUGAAUACACCCCUGAUCACGUGUAAACACAGUUCACUUUAAUAGCAGCCACGUUGUAUUCCUUCUCACAUCUAUGCGCUCUCCUCCUUUCAUCUUUUCUCUUCGUUUUUGGACUCAACACAUCAGAUGUAUGUAACUUUUGAAGCCAAACCAGAUCAUAACCGCUACACACAGCCUACAUAAGUAUUGAGAGUGACACUGACUAUCCUUGUGACAUCUAAUGACUAUCCUCUUUUUCCUUCCUCAAGGUGGUAUUUUGAUGGGGUGGAAUGGGAGGUUGUCACUGGUAGGACAUUGUGGGCUUGUAUGCAUUACGGUACUCUAUGUGGUUGAGUGUUUUCCAUAGAGCUUUCACUGUGGGGCGGAUGACUGGCCAGUAGAGGAAUGCAAGGAGAGACUGCAUGCUGCUGAACAUGAGUGUGUCUGCUGCGUGGUCUAACCACACUGGAGGCUUGUGUGUGUGUGUGUGUGUGUGUGUGUGUGUGUGUGUGUGUGUGUGUGUGUGUGUGUGUGUGUGUGUGUGUGUGUGUGUGUGUGUGUGUGUGUGUGUGUGUGUGUGUGUGUGUGUGCUUGGCAUAGUCUGACUGGCUCUACUACCAGCCCAGCCUCAUUACCUGUGUCUGUCUGGCUGUCAUCCAGUCUAUCCCAAGCUGACUGGCUGGUCUUGGAAAAUAGGACUGUCUCUCUCUCGCUCCAAUACUCAUUGUGGCAGAAAACCGCACAGGAAGCAUAGCACUGAGGCCAAGCACACAAGAGGACAUGUCAUUAUUUCGGACAGACGUCUCUUUCGCUCUCAACUAUUUUCUCCAAUCUGUCGUAGCCCUACUGUUGGUUCUGUUCGUUGUGCUUCAACAUACCCUGAAAACAAAAUCUGUUUAACAAAACAAACAAGUUGUUUCUUUUCCUUCAUGAUGUAGACAGCAGUCAUGUACUGUAGGAUUCCAUUGAACCGCCCCCAUCCUUCCUCUUCUUCCUUCCUCCCUUCCCUCCCCUCCUCUCUCCCCCUUCCUCCUCUCUCCCCCUUCCUCCUCUCUCCUUCCCCCUCUCCCUCCCCUCUCCUCUUUCCUCCCUCCCCCUCUGAAAGGAAAUGGUUUAGGUUGUGUGAAUGUGUGUGUGUGUGUGUGUGUGUGUGUGUGUGUGUGUGUGUGUGUGUGUGUGUGUGUGUGUGUGUGUGUGUGUGUGUGUGUGUGUGUGUGUGUGUGUGUGUGUGUGUGUGUGUGAGCUCAUCUCCCUGCGAGCUGAAAGGUCCUGAGUCAGUGUCACUACAUGGACAGCGAGCCCUCUGUCAGGGAGAGAUACUGUAUGUCCUUCAUGAUGGCCACAUCCUCCUCAUGUCCUCCAUUAAACACUACCUAUAAAACCUAACGGCCUGGCUGGGCAGGCAACUUAAAACCUCUCCUUGUUUCUCUCCCUUACAGUCUAUGCACGACAAAACUACCUCCGAAAGGGAAACUGCAACAGAUGCUGUUACAAAUGGAAGCAAUUUACUAAGGUAACAUUGGCUUUGAAUGUAUACAAAACUCUACAUUUCAGUUAUCAUGAAAAAUAAAUAGUAGUAGCUGAAAAAUAAUGUUUAAUGAUAUCAUUUUUCUUCUCCCAGGACCAAAUCCAUCCCGUCCAUGCCAGAGUUGGAGGGUCUGCUGGAGGCCUGUCCUUUCCUUCCGGGUCAGGAGGUCAACGGGACAGCCAAUGAGAAGGGAGAGAAGGACCAGCCCAACACCCAGGCCCCUCCCCUUCCAGCCCACACAGACCUGGGUGACCUAACCAGGAGGAACUGGAAGUACCUGACCAAUGAGGUGGCUAUGAUGGAGCAGGGUGAUACCCCCUUCAAGACAUGGGACUGCCCCAGCUCCCCCAGUAGUUUCCUGGGCCUGGGGAGCAUCCAGAGGAGCUACACGGCCCCCGACAAGACCGGCAUCCGUAUCUACUACAGCCCCCCCACCAUGCGCCGUAUGGAGAGGAUGCUGGCCAAGGAGAAGCAGGACAAACCUCAAGCCCAGCAAGGCCACCUGUCCCGGGCUUCAACUCCGUCAGACGCUGGGGCCCUGGAGGGCCAGCCUUCUUCUUCCUCCUCUGCCUCCUCCUCCUCUUCGUCCUACGACCAGUGGCUGAGCUCUCUGUCCAACCAGCACAGGGACCUUCUGGAGAACAGCAGUGUGGGUGCGGGGGUGGCGCCCUUCCACGGCCUGGAGAUCUCUGCCAACCUCUCGGACGACAUGAAGGAGAUGACCAACUGCGUGCGCCAGGCCAUCCGCUCCAGCUCUCUGGAGAGGAAGUGCAGCAAGGACGCAGGCAGCCAGACGGUGUUGGUGUCUAGCCGCUCCACCCAGACGGCCCAGUUUGUGACUGUGGGACUGCAGACAGACGGGCUCGGGUCUCGGGGGGUAGGGAGCCUCCACACUAAGUCCUCCUGGUCCCCCCGGCCUUCGUCCUCACUGGCCUCGGCCCGCUCACGCCACAUCUCCUCGUCCCUGGAUAAGGUGCACAGCCGCAUCGACAGGCCCUGCUGCUCACCCAAGUACGGCUCCCCCAAGCUUCAGCGCCGCAUCUCCGCCUCCUCCUCCAAGCUGGACGGAGGAGGGUCGUCCUCGGCAUCCUCCCGUGAUCGCAGCCUGUGGAACCUGCACCAGCGCUCCUCGACCUCCAGUGGCUCGGCCUGGGCCCGCUCCACCACCACCAGGGACAGCCCUGUGCUCAGUGGCCUCAACGACGGCCUGUCCAGCCUGUUCAGCGUGGUGGAGCACUCAGGCAGCGUGGAGUCCCUAUGGAAGAGUGAGCCGGGGGCCAGCCCAGCCCGCCAGGCAGCAGGGAAGCCCUCUGGCCCUGGCCCUGGCCCUGGCCCUGGCCCAGACACCGGAGCCCAGAAAUACGGCCCCUUCCAGGAAUUCUUCAGGAACGUGUGCGGCCGGACCGGGACGCCCAUGCCCGGGGGAGGGGAGAGAGGGCAGAGGGAGGUGGGGGCCAUGGAUGAGCCAAAGCCAGAGUGCCUCUCCGGGGCCUCGCUGGUGGGGAACGACAGUGUCACCAAGAUCGUCAACAAGAGGUUCAUGAGACAGAUGCCCAGGGAGGAGCUUGGGGCCACCGCCAGGGACCCCACCGCCAGGGACCCCACCGCCAGGGACCCCACCGCCAGGGACCCCACCGCCAGGGACCCCACCACCAGGGAUCCCACUGCCAGGGACCUGACCAUGAGCUCCAGCAUGGAGGUAGGUCCCACACACACAGACACACUCACACACAGAGAGACAGGGGCACACAUACACUCACACAGAGACAGGGGUAUACACAUGAACGCGCGCCACACACACACACCCACACACACAGGACAUCAUAUCCAAGCAUAUUAUUUAAACAGCUUUGUCUUUCAUUGGAUUGGAUUAUAACAUAACUAUGUACUGUCUCCUACCUGUCCCAGGAUGCAGUGUGUGAUUGCACCUCCCAGGCUCUGACUUCCUGCUUCGUCCGGCCCUCCCGCUCGGCCACACGCCAUUCACUGGGCCACUGCAUGCACCUCUCCCAGGAGUCUCCAACGGCAACAGAGGAGCGAUUGGAUCCAAACAAUGAGUGAUGGAUCAGAGAGAGCACGGAAGCUCACACUGCCACACACACACAUGUACAUACAUGCUGCCUCGCCAACAGACUGCCACAUACUACAGUACAGUACUGUCACAAAACGUACACACGCAAACAUCUUGGCUACACACACACAUAUAUAUAUAUAUACACCUGCAAACUGCCACACAAACACACUGCCACAUGCAUAAUGUACAUACACACAAUCCUCCACAAACUGCCACACAGAAUCACUGUCACAUGCACGCGCACACGCACAUACACAGAUGUCUACAUUGGAACUCAACCCAAGCAGCACAUUCUAUUGCCAAGGACAAAGGAAGACCACAAUCUCCUAGGAUUCCUCUUUGACCACCAUAACCACUAUCAACUACCAGCAGGACAACCCCACUUCACACACUACUCCCUAUAUAGUGCAGUAUUUAGGGAAUAGGGUGCCAUUUUGGAUGCAGACAGUGUGUGGAAUUAUAUAAUGUCAGAACCCACAACACUCUACUUUACCUGGAAUUGCACAGGGGAAAACAUACUGGACUAUUGAAUACUGGACUACUAGAAAGUGGUCUGGGAGAAGAACCUCUUUCCUCUUUCCAACCGACAGGGAUAUGAGGCGGUUGGUUAGCUGCCUGGAGAGGGACCACUUGGGAAUGCUCCCAAUCCCAAUCCCUACCCAACACCAGUCCCUUCCCAACCCGGCAUCUGGAGACCACUGUCCAAACAUCCUCCCCAACACCAAGCAGAGGAUUCUACUGGUGUGGACCACCUCUUGCCAUUGUCAACCACCAACCAUCAAAAAACGUCCGUUCAACGUUUCAUCAUUUCUUUAUGUCAACUGCCUGAUGUUAUGCCUGUCGUUUUUCCAAAGGACUUGAAUCCGAUGUAGGGCUAGGACAUUGACGUUGUUAUGAUGUACCACGUAUGAUAUGAUCCUAUGUUUUCUAAAGGUUGUUUGAAGGUUUGUCAUCUGGCUGCCACACAUUGAUAGUAUGGUGGUGAAGACUGAGUGGUGUCUUCUGUGUGUACUGUAGGCUGUAUGUGUAUAGGAGGAUCUAUACUCAGUCUAAACCCAGCUGUAAAGAUAACUCCCUGCCAGGAAAAAACACAAACUCCUUGUCUCAUUUUGAGACAAAAUGCAUUCCUUUGUUAAGUUACAAUUCCAAUGACACUCUGGGUAAUCUGUUAACUUGUGCGUGUGUUUCUCCUUCAUCGACUGUCAGUGUGUUCCUGACCUCUUUUCUCCUGCUUUGUGUAACAACGUCCUCUACAGAAGGUUAGCUCAGUACUUUCUCACGUCAUCACUCAAUUCUUGAGAUACUUUGUGUAAUAUGUUUAAUGAAAAACUGUAUUAUCUUGAAAAUGGGGGGCGAACAAAAGCCCCUGUUGUGAAGAGGGUUAUUUGUACCUUGAAAUGAAAUCCGAGACGAGAGAGACUGAGAAAUUGUCUAGUUAGAUUUGAUUGAUUCCUUCCAUUUUGGAGUGUCUCUCUAAGGUCUGAUAGCUGUCAAUCGGUCUGUUACUAUGGUGACUGUUGUAGUGUUGACUUUGAAGUGCCUGAUAGACUAGGUCAGCUCGCACCAAACUGCACGUCACAACUAGAACCCCAGAUUGUUGUUCAUAUAAUGAUUUUAGACACAAGGGGGAUAUACAGUAUACUGUACCCUUAUGUACGUCAUUCAGAAGUAACAAGUCAUCACCAACUCUUAAAAGCACGGAGAGAGAGCGAAAGGUUUACGUUCUUUUGAUACCAAGGAACUUUUUUCAGAGAAGUAAAUUAUUUGUAUUUUUUUUAUAUAUAUAUAUAUAAAUGUUUAUAUCUGUUUGUUUUUUCUCUCGGUUUGCAAUGGUGCUGAACUAAUAGUGCAGAUUCUUCCCUCAUUUUAAAAAGUGCUUUUUACAAGGCUUUUAGGUAAGAGAAAAGGCUCAGUUUUUCCUAUAUUGGCAGUGGCACACAGUAUUCUAUAUAAAUGGAUGUUGGUUAGGAGUCAGUCCCUGGCAGGAGCCUUAAUGAUGAGCAUGUCACUGUCGUAAAAACACUGAUUUGGCCAUUACCCAUGAGAGCCUCAAUGAAUGUGUAACACGAACAUACACACACCACAUCUCCCCCCCCCCCCUCGCUCUCUUUCUCCCCCUUUUCACUCUCUCUUGUUCUCUCUGUCUUUCCUCCUGUCUCUCUCCCCCCUCUCUUGCUCUACCCCCCCCCCCCCCUCUCUCUCGCUCUCUCUCUUCCCCCCUUCUUUCUUUCUCUCUAACUCUUUCUUGCUCUCUUGCUCUCUCUCUUCCCCCCUCUCUCUCUCCCCCCCUCUCUUUCACUCUUUCACUCCCCCCCCCCUCUCUCUCCCCCCCCCCCCCCCCUCUCUCUUUCACUCUCUCUCGCUCUCUCUCUCUCCAGAAGCUGAGUUAACAUGGGCAGUCAGCAGGCUCUUUUGUGUGUUGCGCUUCUUG